GACACGUCCGCGCGAACAGACCGCGUACCGUACCGUCCGUCCGUACACCGACACCGUUGUCGUCGUGCGUGUGCGCGACACGCGAACCGGUGAAACGCGCACAGCGCAACAUACGAUUACGGUUAAUUAAUUUGCAACGUUCGUUUUGCGAUACGCCGCCGUCGUUAUCAGUUCAAUUAUAUAAUACUGGAAACGGACGACGUGCACGCGCGUUGUUGUGCAAUCGUAACGUCCGGCUGUAAUUACGCAGACGUUACGGUUCCGGGAGACGUUGCGACCAGCCGUGUAGAGUGACCGCGCGCGGUGUGUAGCGUGUACGUGUAGUGGCGGUAGGCCGCGAGGAGGGACAGGAUUUACACGGCCGACCGCAUGGACCCUUGGCUCGCAUCCAGACACCGGAACGCGGCUCCGGAAUACGAAAGGUAACGGGAACAGAGGCGGAGAGACGCGUAUUGGGCUAUCGGCAAAACUGGCCCAGGGCCCAAAGGCGUGUCUCGGAAGUGGGCGCGGGAUUUUGUGCACAGUAGAAAUACGGCGUUAUUUCGGCGGCAAUAGAACCGCGUUGACCGUAAGAGCGGGAACUUGCGGGUGACCAAAGGCGCUGAAAAGACUUGUUACACGGCCCCGAACUCGUAGUCCGUGGCCCUCUGUCGUUUUCGAGGUGCGCGUAGUCGCAGUGUGUGCAGUUGGCGGGCGGGGGGGGAGGGCGGGGAUAUGCGCGACGUCCACGUUUUCCCCGCGUACGGCUGAAAGUAUUCCGGUCCGUAACGCUCGCCCGACGGGAAAUUCUUCAUAACACUCGUCUGCCCAAUUAACAACUAUACGGGUGGGUACCUAUAUAGCGUUACGUAAAUGUCUAUACGGUUUUUCGCGCGCCGGAUAAUUGGCGCUCCGGGCUAAAUCCGUCGGUAAUUGGACUCCGGCAACCUUCGAUGACGAUGGAGGGGGGGGUCGGGCGGCAGGGGAUGAAGAUUGUAUCAAAUUCGUCUAUUACGCCAAUCGCGUUUUUCCAUUCUUAUUACCCCCUUUGUUUCCGAAUAGCCACUUUGCCGGUUACCUAUCCGCCCGGAACGCUAUCUCUGAUCUCACUCUCGAGUAUGUUAUUGACAUCGUAAAUCUCGGUAAUCUAGGCGCCCGCAUACUACAAUGCAUACGCUGUUGAACGGACUUUAUUAUGUCAAUCCGGUGCUCCGAUUGGUUGUAUUUUGUUUGACCCGUUCGAGAUAGCACAGUCAAAUGACAGAACUAACGCGGAACUGAUAAUAAAGAAGAAAUACCAUUUUCGUUAUUCGAUAAAUAAUAAUGUACAUAAUAUGUAAUAGAAUACAGGUACGCGGACGAAGUUGAGAUAAUUUUAAAAAAUAUAUUCAACUGUGGUUUUAAUUAAAUUCGUGUAUUUAAAAAUAUUGUGUUCAUUAUUGUUUGUACACGUAUGUUUGCGUGGAAAAAGUAUUUUAAAUAGAUAGUCGCUUUUGCUCUCGCAAUCUGCCUUUUAUUAACACAAUGUUUACAAACCGCUUGACUAACGAAAAAAAAAAAUUCUUCCAGUGUUAAGUUGUGAGAAAACGUGUUCCUAUCGUGGAAACAAACAAAUAAUAUGAUCAAUAUUACUUGUCGGUUUUUACAAAUCAAAUCGAAUGUAAAGGAAAAAAAAAAAAAAAAAUAUUAGUUAAAUUUAUAUUAUUAAACGCGGGUCCGUGUCUUAUUGCAUUUAUUUGUAAUAAGAUUCCGUACGAGGAUUUCGAAUGAAUAUAAUAUAAUCUAGUCCUCCAAAUUCUGAUUGUUUCAUUUCUUCCAUACAAGAAAUGUUUGACCUUUGUCGUCGUCUUCGACAACUUCGUUAACGUGAGAAAUUGGAAAUAUCGUUUUAAUUAUAACGAGAAUUAUGACGUAAUCAUAUGUGUGUGUGUGUAUAAUAUUCUACUUCAAACAAUCGAAAUCAUUUAGUAUUUCAGUUUACACACUGAUAACGAAAUGAUACCGAACCGUGAGAAACCGGAACCUGGAUCGAGGCACAGGCAUAAUUACGGUAAUGUUUGUACGGACGGCCGCAUUAAUACGAUCGCCGACCGCCAUAAUAUACCAAGUGAUCCAUUUAAGCGAGUACACUUAUUAUCUCGGAAAGUAUUGACUUUUUUUCCGGAAUUUAUUUUCCAGAACGUUUAAGAAACAAGCGGCUGUACAGUUUUAUGUCAAUGUUAUUUUUCGUCACUCCUAUUUUCGGGGGUGAAAUCACUCUACCUACUUUUGAUUUUCAAACGUCACCUGUGUAUAAAAAAAAAAAAAAGUCGGUAAAUAAACGGAGUAUUAGUGAAAAUAAAUUUUGGUGUCGACAUUUUUGAUUUCCGUCAACCCGUCGACGAGAUAUUCCACUUUUAAGUUAGUGUUGGAAGCGAGUAACGAUGCAUUAUUACGGUCACACAAAUGACACUUAAAUGGAUCGCCUGGAACUAUUGUGUUAUACGAAACGUGCGUAGAUAACUCGUACAUAACUCCGAAUUCCCGGGACGCCCCAAUGACCCGUGCAGCAUCGGAAAUUUAUCUGCGAGCGGCGACGGCGCCCCGGCACUGCAUAGAAACACGCCGCGGGUUUCUACGGUUUAACACGUUUCUGUUCGUCGGAAAAAUUCGCUGGCGCGUACGGGUGCACCGCCGCCGUGUACACGUCACGUUGUACCGAACGUGAUGUUUCCUUACACGUUAUUAUUAAGCGUUUUCAUACCGAAUCCGCGCGUCACCGGCUAGAUAACAAUAAUAAUAAUAAUAAUAAUAAUAAUAAUAAUAAUAAUAUGUAGAUAAUAAACGCUCGCGCUCGUUCUAAAUUCCACUCGUCCACGGCCCGACGAAGCGGAAAAAACGCGCGCGCCUACCAUCCCCACGCGACGAGGCACGGUUGACUCGUUGCCGCCGCCCGAUGUGCGUACGUGUCAAGGUCACGGAGAACACGACUCGAAUUUCGCAAAGUCCCGGCUAUCGCUCCCGGCCACCCUACUCCCUAUUCUCUAUGUCGAAUUCUCGAAAAAUUAAGACUCCGGGAAACGAUGCUGAUGUUUUAUCGCUCCGCCCCGCCCCACACCACCACAUUCACACACACACACACACACACACUGUAUUUUUGUCGAAAUAAUAAAUUAUAAUAGUACAAUUCGUUUCAUACAAUACGUAUCAAAAUAUUCCAAUAUACAAUAAUGCGUUGCUGUUGCUAGAUAAUAGUGUGAACAAUAGUAAUAGUAAUAUCAAUAGUUUUUAUGGUUUUUGUUGUUUUUAACAGUUUUUAUUGUUUGUCGGUUUUAACUGUCCCGCGCACGGCGUGUCCGUGCCAAUUUUUGUAAUUUUUUUUUUUUUACCCAUAUUCAUUUUUGGUUUUGACCGCGUCAGAAUCGAAUGAUAACAAAUAGGUAGAACCUAUUAGGGGUGUAAUUUUGAAAUAAAAAUAAUAUUGCAGCCUUCCUCGAUAAAUGCAUUAUAGUACAAUAAAUCCAUUACGAAAAUUAAUUUUUCAAUUCGAACCAGUAGUCCAUGCGUUUUGUGACAGACGAAGUCAGUUUUCGGUUCUGGUCCCUACAAAUUGCGCUUUAAUCCGAUCUUGUGUGAGAGGAAUUCCUGUGUCGUUAUGCGUUUUUUCAUUCCUCAUUAACCACGGGACCAAGAGUGUCAUAUACGUAGGGAAUUUGUCCCAGAGGGUUUUGAUUUUUGUUUGGAUUUUCGUGGGGCAAGCUAAUGCCUGAUACGGGACAAGCGUUACAGAUCAGCGGCCGGAUCGUUGAAGCUUAUGUAACUGAAUUGAGAAUUUUAUUCGGAGUGUGGAUUUGUUACUGACCUGCAGGGGAUAAUGACGCACGGCAAUACCGCAAUAGUCGUCUGGGCCAGCUACAAUGCGAUUGAAAACGUUUUGAGACCCGUUUUAGCGUACGGCUGAGAACGCUCGAAACGAAACAAUGAAAUAAUCAAUUACUCAGGAAAAAAAAACAAAACAAAACAGUAUUGUUGAGAACGAAAUUGUGUGCAACAUUGCCGGACUAUAUUCAAAUCAAAACUCGUAAAUAAAUGAUGAAAAACUCGUGCAAAAUGUCUAAUAAAACGGUAUUUGUGGGAGUUUAAAACAAUCAAGUUUCCACUGCGUUCAUAGGAUGUAAGUCUAGUGUUAUUUUCCACAAAAAUGUAAACAUAAAAUAUUUCCACAUAAUACGGGAAACCACGUAUUGAGCGACGCAAUAACGCGUAGGUAUGUUUUUUUAUUAUUCGUUGCAACUAUAGACACACGAAUAUAUUAAUAUAUUUAUGAGACGACGGUCGCGAACAAUUCGUAAUCGUUGCAUUUAUGCGGAUUAUCGUUAAUGAUGGACUCGGUAGCACGCAAUCACAAACAACAAUAGGUUUAAAUGAUUUGACUCGAUUACGAUACAAGAAAUACGUCGAGUUGAAACAUACUUUUUUUUAUCUAUAUUUGCGAACACUUAAUGGUUGAACUUUCAGACGGCCACGUACAUAUUUGGCGACGUCUGGUGGUCCCGUUUUCAAUUGCAAAAACCGAACGUUCCCAAUCGAUAUAUUCAAACGGAUCUAAAAAUGGUAUCGACGAUAAUAACGACCGUUCUCAAUCGUACUACUGCCUACUACUGGCUGUACGCCGCGCGCCGUUUUCCGCGUCUCGGUCGUCAAACGAAAAAUGCUCGGGCCCUGCGGAAAUCGUACGCGACCGCUACAACCGACCCCGCGCACCACCGUAGUGUAUAACAUUGUCGUGUACGAGUUUUAUUCGGGUUGGCCCAUGUCGGCUUAUCGGUGUAACGGCAGUACCGUUGAAAUACCGUCCGACCGACGGCAAUUACGUAGCGCGGCCGCUUUCCAAAGCGCUUAAUCGAAACGCGCGGUCGUAACGACAACGGUGCGAUAUCGUCGUGUACCUAAAGCGUUUGCCGUCGCGUUAUGCAUUAUAUCGCAAUACAAUUGUCUUGAAUCCAGUCGAUUGCGACAUGCGUCCGGUGUCUCGACCGGGUCCGGGUUUAUCGCCGCGCGGCGGAAUCGCGUUUCAACAAUCCGUUUUUUCAUCGGUAAACAACUAUUAUACGAAAACACUGUUGUCAUCAUGCGUUUCCGGCGACGUCCCACGCGUCUGUCACUAGGCGCCCUGGCGUAUAGCUGCGCCGGCCACUGCCGACCGACGGCGGCCGUGUUCUAUUCGCGCCGUACGCGCGCGCCGAGUGAUGAGACCCGGUAAUUAGAGUGGAAAGCCGCCGGUGUCCCGUUGGCGUAUGACCACGGAGCAGAUACCGGUAAUGUUACAAUCGGAAGUGGCUACGGACUGAAAAGGCCGAUUUACGCGGUACCGGGCGUUGCCGUCCGUCACUGAAUACCAGCGAACGUUUCACGUCAGUUGCCGGCUAAGCCGGUGUGCGGUGCAGCGAGCCACCGUCGCGCGAGCAGCGUAGAUAACGUAUCCGUGGACGGGACAUCCCUAUACCUAACGCGCGCGGUAUUAUCCGGCGGACUGUCCGGCAUAUUGAGUUUAGGAACCUUAGAUCAUACACACUGGAUCUCUGUCCGAAUCCUCGUUAUCCGUGGUUGGCGUAUGAAGGUCGCGUGCUAGUUAGCUGGAGUUGUGUAGAGCCGAUAAGCCGGCGUUCAUUCGAGUUGUCACACGCUAGUGGCCUUCCACUAGUCGGCUCACCAGCUAGCACACCAGCCACUGACACCGUGUAAAUUAGUCUUAUGAUAUGUCUUAAGCCUCGUGUGGCUGCACCGUCGUUUAUUACGUUCAAAUGAAGUAAAACAUGUUUGGCAUUUAAAUAACUGUCGAUGUUUGGCCAAUUUUCGGGGUUUUGAUGCAAGAAGUUCAGUCUUAGCUGGAACCGUUGGAAUAUAUUUUUCGAUUUAGAUAUCAACGAUUCAACUGCAAUCGUGAAUCUUCUUUAAUUUUUUAAAUUUUUGUAUUAAGUUCAUCGUCCUCGAGUUCCAUAUUUUCUAACAGCCCUUUAGCCGUGUGUUAUUUUACAUUAUUAUCAAUUUUGUCAUCAAACAACGAACGGCGUUUAUUUUUGAUUAAAAGUCUGACACUAGCAAGCGAAUGGCCUCGAGACGAAACAGUUUUACUACUAUUAUAAUUACUACUAUAAAUACCGUAUUUCAACAUUCUAUUUGAAUAACGCGCUUUUUUAAAUUGAUCGAUUUAGAAAUCGUGUUUUACCGCGCAAUUCAAAUUAGCCAAUGACAGCAGCGUAUUCAUAACGUGGUGCUAGGACUAUUAGUAUAGGCUUUUAUAAAACGCUCCCUGUUAGUUUUCACCGAGAACCGCACCGAAAAUGUAAAACGAUAAGGAAUCAGAUGAGUCUUUAUUGAUGUACUGAUUUCUAGCUUACGGUCAGAACUGAAGCUACCGAUCGCGAUGAAAUUCGGAACUGAUCUUCUGAACACCGAAUAACAAUAUAUUAACUCCCUCCCCCAAAUUUAAAAUUUUCCACCCGAAUAUUCCGCGACUUGGGCGAAUUUUACUGUUUUCUAGUUAAAAAUGGCUGUAGUAGAGGUUUGGUUUGGACUGCGUCGGCCGGCGCACGAAAUAUUUCCUUUAUUAAACUUUCGUCGGGAAACUAUUUUACUGCAAUACAAUAGACUAUGUAAUAUUAAUAAUUAUUUCAGUACCUUUUUUCCGUUAUAACAAACAAAAUUAAUUAUCCAAUAAUUUACCAAUUACCAAGCAUCUAUUCUCUUAUCGUGUUUACGUGACGUUUCAAUCGUGAUUUAUUCUAUGUGUGUGCAAUGUGCACACACGUGCGGUAUAUAAUGACACGAAAUAGAUUUUAUCUACAUGAUGUAUAAAAGCGAGAAUCGAAAUCUUUGUCACGGAUUAGCUCUAAAACUACUUAUUCAAUCGUCAUGCGGUUAUUUUUUUUUUAAUGAUAGAGUAUAUCGCGGAGAAACUAUUUUGAGCCUAUUUCCUAUAUACGUUCGUAUAUUCUAUACGUUAAUUAACGAUCGAGUUUUUAAUUUUUAAAAUAAUCGGCUAAUACGCACAUCUAUAUAAUAUAUAGAAAUGAAUCGAUAUUUUUUUGCUAACGCCGUAGCUUGGAAACGACUGGAGUGAUUUUAACGUGCUUUUCAGCGAAAUGUUCCGCGUUGUCCGGAGAAGGUUUAUAGCUGUAAAUAUUAAACAUAAGACCGAGCUAAACAAAAUAAAUUUCGAUUUCAAAACAUUCUUUUAACUAUUCUAUACUUAAAAAUCACUAUAAAAUAAACUCCGCUCAGAAUCGUUUUUUCGUUAGCAAUGGUUUAUCGUUGCUUACAGAUAUGCAUUAAAUUCCCUUCUGUUUUCCACCUUCCCAACUUCACACCUACAACAGUGGCUGCAUCCACGUUCGAAGUAUUUCCGUCUUUUUACAUUUACGUAUAAUAUUAUAAUAUUAUUUUUUAAACAUUAAUCACUGAUAGUAAAACAAUGGUUUUUAUGUAUCAGCGAGAAACUAGACACCGUACAUCGAGCAGCUUCUUGCUGUUAUCUACGGCAAGUGGCGUAUACGCAAUAACUACGCUAUUAAUACGUUAACCUUCCUUGUAAACAAAAACGUGGACUCUAACUUCAUAAUUAAUAAUUAUUACUGUAAUCAAAUAAUAUUUUUAAGAACAGAUUCUUGCAUAUCGAAUUGUAUUGAAUACAUAUUUUAACAAUUUUAUUACUAUCUACACUGGUACAGUGGUAUAGUGGUAUCUACGUGACAAAAAUGCGCGUAGGCGCAGAGACACGACUAAUCGAGGUUUUGAUCAGUUUAACGGUUAUCCAGUGCUCGAAUUGGAAAAAUAAAAAAAGAGGGACUGUAAGACUUAAAAAAAUUGACAUUCUUUGUAAUUUUUGAACUCAAACUAACCCGUAGUGGGCUUUUCCUCUCACACAAAUUGUUAAACAUUAUUCAGUACUUUCAUUAUCCUAGUUCAUAAUUUCCGAAAAGAAAACACUACUGACAGUCAGCUCCUCAAGCAAAUUUUUGCUUGCGUAACAGUAAUAGUUUAAAUUCUACUAUAUGAUGAUUAGUGGUUACAAAUAUGAUUUAUUAAUAUGUAUUAUUGUUUUUUCAGUAUGUGAACAACAUUUCUGCCAGAAAUCUUACUCCAAUCAUCAACUUUAGAGGUGAUGGUUCAUAGUAAAAACUAUUGUCGUUGAUGUUAUGUGGAGGUUAUUUUUUGUAGUUUUCUUAAUUGCCUUUGAACAAAGAAACCCUUGAACAAACUUUUAACAUUUACACACUAACGAUUUCUGUUUUGCUCAGUUUUGUUUGUUCAGAGAAAAAUAAUCAUAUUGGUCGAAAAUUGUGCGGACUAAUAAUUUAAAUAUAGUCUCGUAUAUAUAUGAAUACAGCUGUUUUCAGACAUGGUAAAAUUUUAAAAUCAUUCUGGUAAAAACGGCCAGGGGAAAAUCACUACUCUGUAGUGAUCGUCAAUUCUCAUUUUAUCUGCGUUCCUUGAAAACAAAUUGUAGAAGUAAGCUUAAAUUUCUGGAAAAUUAAUUAAGGUAUUCCGUCCUCCUGCGUCCCCCUCAAUUCAAGCACUGCGGUUAUCUAUUACUAUUAUAUAUACGAUGUGUUUUUUUUCCAUUACAUUUAUCCUAAUUACCUAUAUAUUAUGUGCGGAAUAUAAUAGUAGGCGACUUCGAAAAUACGGAACAAAAGCAGAAUAAAUAUAAUAGGACCUAGCAUAUAGGUAUUGUAUUUUUGUUUCUUGUUUUUUUUUUUUAAAUUUUAGAUAGUAUUAUUUAAACAAAACAAUGCUAACAUUGGAACUUUCCUAAACAUUUUAUUUUUAUGUACCUACACAAAAUAAUAAUAGUAAUUUUUAUCGUAACUUUAAAUCGAUGAAAUAAAUAAUAUUAUACGAGUUUGUGAGGAUCAAAACAAAUAAAUUACUUAUUUGUGAAACAAUAAUAAAUUAUAGUAAAUGUUAGAUUAUGAAACUUUGAACUGGUUUAAUAGAAAUCGAUCAAAUUAAUUUUAAAUUCUCGAUGGUUUUGAUCUUUUCAGUUUUUAUUUUUUUUGUUUACACUAAUCUUUUUGCACUAUAUUAUAACGGUAAUAAUAUUUCUUUACAGUAUACAGUGACGUGUUACAUUUUACUAUUUUGCUAAUAUUUGUACCAUAAUAUAGGGAAUUUUUCAACCGAAUGGUGGUAAAAUUAUUUAUUUAAAUAUCACUACAAUAAGAUCAUCUGUUUCACGCAUAUAUUUUCUAUUUGAGAUUAUAUGUAUAUUUUAUAAAGUAUGCAGAUGCAGCUAUAUUAUUGAAACUGUUUUAUUUUUUAUUGGUUUUCUCGUAUGCUUUUUUUUUCAGUCUGUAAUUCGGUUAAAAAUAUAACUGUAGAGACUUGAAUUUUUGAUAGAAUAGGUACUUUAUAAGUCCUUUCUAGACGUGGUAAAAUUCAUGAAAAAGAUUGUUUUUUAAAUCAGUAUCUCAACAAAUUGAUAAUAAUAAUUAAUACGUUACAUAAUUUACCUUUAAUCGUAUGAAUUAAAUCGGUAAGUCAUUAUUUUCUUGAACGUAAUAGUAUACUCCGGAACCUAAAAUCCGGACCGCACUAAUCGAGAACGUAAUAUCCUGGAAUAUAAAUGUAUGGAACGUAAAACCCGGAAUAUAAAGUCUUAAACGUUAAUAUUUCUGAUUGCAAUAUUCCAGAAUGUAAAAUCACGGACUGCAAUAAUCAGGAACAUAAAAACCCGGAGUAUAAUAUUCUGGAAUUUAAUAAGAACCAAUGAUUACCAAAUCCUUGCUACAGUCAUUGCUAUAACGACGCAAUACACGACAUUAUUCCAGCGCUUAGACGGCGGCGAAUAUUCAAAAAUAUUUCACAAUACAUUGAUAUUUUUCUGGAAUUUACGUGCUCCGGAUUAUUGCACUCUGUGAUUUUAUGUUCUGAAUUAAGCCCUUCUUCAAAUCGUCCGAGGUUUAGUUUUGAACCUAAUAAAGUCGUGCGAGCAAACGGAAAUAUCGUUUUUUUUUUUUUUUUUGUUUUUGUGCUCCAUAAUUUAAUGAAAAUAUAAUUUAUUCACAAUUCACGUUAUUCACAUUGAUAUGACACGAUACUCACGUCCAUAACUAUUAUAUUAUUUGUUAUUAUAAGUUAUUAUAGAUAAGUAAUACUGAUGUAUUAUUUAUCUAUGUGCAAUACGAUCGAAAAUGUGCGAAAUUCGUACAAUAUUCUGUGUUCGUCUAUUAUUAUGUAUUAUAUAAUAUUUUACAUGAAUGUUCCAAAACAGUUAAUUUUGUAUUCAAUCGAAACGACGGAAAUAGUAGUUACCUAUUUAAAUGUUGGUAGAUUCAAAUUUAGACACCAAAAUUUAGGGUUUUACCAUUAUAAUACAUAAUAUGUAAAUAAGUAUAGGUGGUAGGUACAAUCGAUCAUUUUAUAAUUAUCAACGCUAUUAUUAUUAUGCUUUAUUUAGCGCGAAACAUCGUUUUACACGGAAAACGAUACACACACUGUUUUCAAUAAUAAUAUUAUUAGCCAUGAUAUGGAUAUUUAUGUAAUAAUUACAGUGGAAUUAAUAAUAAAUUUAAGAAAUUAAUUCCCGUAGAGUCAUAUGAAAAAAAAAAAUCGGCCCCCCGUAAUUGACGUCUGACUUAAUGUCGGACAGGGCUUCGUAAAAAUUGAUACCACGAUUUAUCUAAAUACCCAGUAUUGCAAUAGAAAUAGAAAUAAAAGAGCCGAUACUUGUGAUGGAUGUUACAUUAUUGAAGUAGGAAAAGUAGGAUACAUAGAGCAGGCGCGUCCCUGAGAGGGGGGGGCGAUCGCCCCCCCCCCAUAAGUCGUGUGAUGUUCUUCUUUAUUAUACAAAAUAUCUAUAGUUCUUAAUUACAAAUACGUUAAAACGCAACUGGUUCCAAAUGUCAUAAAGAUGAUUCCGUAAUGUAAUAGUAUAUACUAUUGUAUUAUGAAAGUUUAAUCUUUAUUGGGAUCUGAUCGCAAUAAGGAAACUAAUGUAACUAAAAUAAUAACAUUAUUUUAAAAUUGUUUUAUUUUUUAAUUAUAAAUAAACACAUUUGUUCCUUGUAAUUUUAAAUAAAAUGUAUUAGCUAGUAAAAAUAUUUCUACUCAUUAUUCGUUAUAUGAUAAAAUUAUAAAUAAAAUGUAUUAUUAUUAAAAUAUAUGUGGCCUACAACAACUUUUUAUUACAUGAUGUAGCCCAGCUGUUUUCAUAAAAGGUUGGACACACCUAUCAAAGGUUAAGAUUGAGGGACUACAUGGCUUAGCCUCCAAAAUCAUCCGUACUCUAUUUUGUAUAAUAUUAAGCCAGUUUUAAGGCAGUUUUCUCCGAUUUUGUAAUAUUUGAAAAUUAUUUUUAACAUUUUAAUAACCUUACCUUAAGGGAAUUGGAAGUGGUAAUUUCUCGUAUUUUCUGUUAGAUUUGAAUAUGUCAUUAAGACCGAUUGAAAUUGAUUUUUCCACCUGUUUGAUUUUAAUUUUUCCAAAAAUUAAAGUAUUCCAUUGUUCAUAUGAAUAUUCAGAAUAUUUUAAGAUUUAGUGAGAUAAAAUCAAAAUUGCGGGAAAGCGUUCUUAAGUAACUUGAAGGUAAAUUUAUGUCUGUUUAAAGUAUUCUUAUCACUUCACAUACCUUCAUUUACCUGCAAGACUUAUAUUUUUUUUUUUUUUACAAAAUAUACGGUGAUUUCAGUCUUCUACUAGGCGAAUAUAGUUUCUAGCACUGCAAAAGUAUGUCGAAUCUUCGUCAACACUUUAAGACAUAGCAAAAAUGUACUUAUUGAAGACCAUUUAUUUUCUCGAAAUUUAAACUAAAGGGUUAUAGAUGUUAAAUAUUUUGUGAAUUAUGAAACUUAAAACGGAAUACAUGAGGCAAUCGUCCCAUUUAAUCCCCCCCCCCCCUACACACAUACACAGGGACGCAAUUGAUUAAACCUAUUUUAAUAUUUCGAAACACAAAGUACGACUUAUAAUGAACCUCAAGUUAAAUUGUCAAGCAUUUCUGUUGGUUUCACAAUUUUAUCCACAGAAUACUUAUCAAAUUAAAAUGUCUAUAAAUAGCUCAAUAAUUUUACUGAAAUUUUAGCUAACAAUUUGACCACGUUUAGUAAAGGCAAAUAUAAGUUUUUCUGUCCAAAUUUCAAGUUUAUACGAAUAUUUAUAACUGAAUCACAACAAAAAAAAAAAAAAAAUUGAAAAUAAUACAUUUCGUAAAUUGUUCCGUUUUUUUCCCAAUUAUUAUAAAAACCGCCUGGAAAAUCAAAAAAUUUGUCGAAUUUGUGCGAAAUUUUUGGUAUUGAAGGGUUGUUCGCAGUACAAAAGAAAAAAAAAUAUCAUUGUAAGACUAAUACAUUCCUCGCUACGCUCAGUAUCUAAAUGUAAAUAAUCGCAUUGAUAAUAUCCCCGAUUAAAAUAUUCGACCGAUACGGGAUAAUAUUAUAACGCGUUCGUAAUGAAAUCGAUAAUAAUAUGGUUUUUAACCCCCUUCCCGAUUGCAUUGACCAGUGUGGGCAGUGGCUCGUGAGUUAACGGCCGAUUUCCGAGAAAAAGCUUGACGUGUAUUGAUUGGAAAUUGGCUUUUUUUUUUUUUUUUUUCUGUUUUUCUCUCGAAGGCGUUUCAAUUACCAAUUGCCACAGUCGAGUCGGGUAGAAAAGACGGUAUUACUGUUUGUUCACGAUUUUUGUCCGUUGCGCGCCGUCCCAUUUAAAAUUCCCGGGCACGGCACCGUGCGUAGGCGCACAAUGCGGCGCUAUUGUUUAUACACGCGAUCGUUCCGGGCUGGACGGACGUUCGGCGUGCCGGGAAGCCGGGGAAAACCCGGGGUUCGCGUCGACGUAAAUAACGACAGCGAACGGUGAUAUAAUAAUAUUAUUAUUAUUACGGCGACGAUCGAAGGGGUAGUUUUCGCCGGAAUGCGGCGGUACGCGUUACGCCCCGCCGCGCGUCGGGAUCGCGCGCGGGUGUCGUCGUCGCUCACACGGCCGCGUGUCUGUUGUCUGUCACGUUGCGCGUGAACGCUAAACAUAGAACGCCUUUACCGGGGCGAGGGACUGUCGACUCGUUUCGCCGCGGCGAUCACGUUGAACGGGCACGCGAUAAAACGAAUCGAGUUACCGGAAUAAUAAUAAUAAUAAUAAUAAUAUAACGCGUGGAUCGGCGGCGGCGGCGGCGGCGGUUGUUUCCCGAAAUCGCGAAUAGCAAUCCGUUCGCGCGCGUUUAAUUUAGACGCCGUCCCACCGCGACAACGUUACGGGUUUAAUAAUGCGCACAGAGCAAUUAUUGUUGCACCGCUAUAACCGGCGGUUUCCACGCAAAAUGUUCGGUGAAUUUGAUUUUAGUUUUUUUUUUUUUUUUUAUCAGACACGGCCGCGACAAUGCGCCAGCUAUAAGAGGACGUGUGUGCAAAUGGUUCCGCGACUACGGGUUAUCGUGCGGCUGUAGUUGUACCCCGCAAGCAGUGCCGCAUUUACACUUUUAAAUUAAAAAAAACAUCGAGAUAAAACCGCCGUAACACACGCAGAUAAUGAAGUUCUCACCUUCAAGUCCGAUAAUUGGUCGUUUCACUGUAACGCGAAAACUAACUUAAAUUGUCCCCGCAUAACGUAAAUUCGCUUUGUCUCAUACGUUUGUAAGAUGCGGACGGCACGUCUAUCGUCUACACGAGUACGUAACACGUUUGGGAACAUGAAUAAACCGCGGAAACGAAUGUCAAUUAACUGAACACCACUUGAUAUUUUCGUAUUAUCCUGAAUGCCGCCUCCGAUUCCUGUGAUGUAGGUUUCUAUUUCCAUCUACUUAAUCAAAACCCGAAUGUGUUACAGCCCCCGUUGUACUCGCAUACGUAAACGUCAGACAACAAUAAUUUAUUGAUAGUGCACGGUCCUGUAUGGAAAUUAACGCACAAAUAAACGAACUGAUUUUAAAAAAAUUCCCAAACCGCGAUUACUUGAAAGAUAAACCACGGUCACCGACACUGUGACCUAUUAUUAUUAUAUCGGUGACGGUUUGUAUAUAUUAUGUGCACAAGUGCACGUGCAGCGUCGCCCGAAUCCAAUGAUAAAUUAAAUAAUAUUAACCUUGUCGAUAUUAUAAAAUAGAACUAUUUUUGUUCUCGUGUGACGAUUUGUCGCUUAUAAGAACACCUAAUAAAAGAGAAUAAUAUCGUCAAAUUCAAAUUCUUUUCAAUUUGUGACUUUUAGAACAUAUUUGGUAACGACAAUUGAUUACUGUGUGUAGUAGAUACCAAAAUACUAAUUGCAUUGCUACUUAUUUCGUAUAUUAAUAUUAUAACAUAUUAUUCAUAGUAGUAUACAUUUAUAAAAUUCAAUAUAAUUUACAAGAACGUUUUUCUUAAGUAACCGUUUCUUAUUUUUACAAUGGAACACGCGAUAAAAAGGGGUAACUAUCCUAAAGUAAUACGUGCACUCGAAUCGGUAAAACUUUUGGUAUUCAAAAAAGAGCACCUACUUACCUACACUUAAUAUAAAUUAUUAUUUCAUAAAUAAGUUCAUUCACAAAUAAUAUCAAAGUAGGUAGCAGAUAACGUUAUUAUUGUCUAUCCACCAUUAAAUGAUAAUUGUUAUCAAUUUGCUUUCCAACAAUCAAUUCAGAUGGUCCGUCAUCAGUCGUAUUAUGUCAGUAUGCCAAGGUUGAGUUAUAAAGUAUAAAUCACUGACAAUUAUAUUAUAAUAAAAUAAAAAUAAAAAAUGUAUAUAGUAAAUAGGUAUAAUUUAUGUAUUAGUAAUUAACUUUAUGAUUGAAUUUUUUUAUUAAACAGGUACAUAUUAGUUCUGAUUUUUACUCUAUACUAAUAAUUAUAUAAAUACAAAAAACGAAUUUGAAAGUUAUAAUUGUAAUCAGAUAAAUACGUUGGGACUUAGUAAAAAUAAAUAAGUUACUCUAGAAUCUAGAGUAAAAUAUAAAACAUCUACAGUCUAGAUGUUUUAUAUUUUAGACUAUAAUAAUGACGUACGGUCUCCGAUGAAAAUACACCAAGUUAAUGUAAUAGUUUACAACUUUAAUAUAUUUAAACAAGACACAUAUUCAGUAUCAAUGAAUUGUACGUGGAUUUGAAUACUUACAAUUGCUCUGGGCUACUUGCAGCCUCAAAUCUUAAUAAAAAUGCACUUAAGUAAUAUUUGAUAUUGAAUCACGGUAAUGUUGUAAAAUUUCCAACACAUUUGUACGGUUUCAUGUUUUAUAACAUUAUUAGAACUCGUAUAAUAUUCAAAUGCUCUAAAAAUUGCUGAAAAACGGUCUAAAAAUAGAUUAUUGUUGUUUGUUUGCCUGGAUAACGCACCGUUUAUAAAGAUAAGAUAAAGAUGUUAACAAAAUUGACAAUCGGUAUUGAUGAUGAAUGCCCAAAACCUAUUCAAAAAAAUCUCACGAAAAUAAAAUUUCUUGAAAUAAUAUUUUGAAUUCGCUAAAUGUAAACUACAUUGUAUAACACUUGUAAUGAUUCAUAUACUGUAUAAAUAUUAACUUAAAAAUAAUAAAAUUACCGAUGAAUGCUAAAAAAUGUAAAAAAAAAAGUUUUACUUUUUAAGUAACGAAUCGAAUUAUUUACUUAAAAAUUAUGGUGUUAGCUCACCUUAAAAAAAUACACUACAUUAAAAUCCGGGCCCUAAUCAUAGCUUUAAAUUAUUUAUAAAUCAAAAAGGCGGACUUCAUUAAAUGGUUUCUACGUUCAAACCUUUGAGAUAUUUUUUCAUUGUUUAUUUAUUUAUUUGUAUUUUGUUGUUAUUAAUUAAUUUUCUUCCCCUGUAGUCAGCGCACUUCCACUAUGUUACGUACAGAUUGUAUAAUAUAUUAUAUAAUUAUAAAAUAAAAAAUUAUUUAUAGUCGAUUGACAUUCAUAAAUUGUAAGGGUACUCAAAAGAUUUUAAUAUAAUUUUUAAGAUAAGAAAAAGGAACCCAUAUCUAAAGGAAUUUGUACACCUGGUCUGCUGCACGUAUUUCAGCAACUUCCCAUAGAAACGUGUCUAUGCAUAAUUGAUCAGCCCGUUGUUUAAGGUGUUACUGUUUUUUUCCUAGUAAAUUCAAAUCUAUAAAUAAGAACACAUAUUAUUAUAAUUUUAUCGUUUUAUUCAAAUUGCAUACCAAAUUAUUUAUUUGUCUAUAUAAUUAUACGUAUAUAUUAAGUAACGUGUUUUUUCUACAACUUAAAUACGUAGUAUUUAUUAAUACUAAUAUAAUAAAAUAACAAUAAUUAAACAUUGCAUAAACUAAAAUAAAAUUGAAAAUUGCAUUAUUUUAUUGAAAUAUAAACAAAAGCAAUGAUAACGGCAAUAAUACAAUUUCUAUAAUAUUAUUUAAAAACUAACAACUUAAUUAAAGUAGCGUCACUGUGUGGCCUCGUACAAAGAAACCUUUGUAUAUAUAGAUAUUUAUCAUCACUUAAUAUAAUUUUCAUAAAUUACUUAAUAUCCUGAACAAAAUAUAUAGGCUGAUACUGGAUACGGAUAUGCCAUCAUUGUAGGUGAGAAGUUGUGAAUGUAGGAUACAUAAAGUUAUUUAAUUUAUAUCUAUAACUUACAAAUUGAAAGCAACGAUAAACCAUUGCUAACGAAAAAGUUCGGAGCGAAGUUCGGUUAUACAGGCCUAUAAUGCCGUAAUAUUUACAAUUUUCGUGAUAUUUUCGUCACUCUUAGAAUUUUGGAAUUACAUUAAAGAUUAAUACCUUGUAAUCGCCAAUAAAGCUUUACGUGUAUUUUCCCAUUUAUCUAUUAUAAAAACUCUCGGGAAAAUCAAAAAAAUUACCUCUCUAAAGUUCUACCCCAGUCAGAUUUCCUUUCAAAUAAAGUGCUACAUUUGAAAAUCGAAACAAUUUCUGAUAGAAAAGUCAUUUAUAAAAAAAAAAAAAACAUUGUAAAACCAAUACAUUUCUCGAUCCAUUCAGAAUCGAAAAUACUUGGGUAUACACCGUGUGAGUGCCAAAUAAGGUACUCACGACUAUCAAUUUGUUAAACGGAAAACAAGCACAUUAUUGCUCGCAUAACGAUUAAAUACUUCGUAAAAAUAAAAAUAUUUUGUAAUAUUUUAAAUUGAAAUCAAAUAAUAUUUAUGUUUGAUUUAUUUUGCCAUAAAAAUAAAAAUGUUUGAAUAAUUAAAUAAAACAAAUUUGUACCUAAUUUAUUCAUGGUUGAUGAGAUUAUUUUUUUUUACUUUUAGGGAUGUGAGAACCAAACAAGUUUGGGAACCGCCGAUCUAAUUUAUUAAAAAUAAUUUUCUAACACUAUAACAAUGAUUAAUACAAAGUAAUUAAAAUAAAACUGUACAUUGUAAAAAAACAAUAAUUUAUGUAAUCAUUUUUUAAUGUUAGUUAGGUUAAUGUCAUUUUUUUUGAUUUUCCCUAGAGUUUUCCUAAUAAAUCGAAAAAACAUGGAAAAAUAGGUAAAAUAAUAAUAAAAUAUUAAACAAAUAUUGUUAAAAAAAAAAGUUUUUACGGAUAUGUAAUUAUUUUACCAAAAUAUAAAUUAUAUUGUUGACAAAGCAACACUAUCAACCUAAUUCAGAAUCGUUUUUUCGUUAGCCGUGGUUAAUCGUAGCUGACAGAUAUACAUUAAAUUUCCGUCUAUAUCCUACCUUACUAACUUCCCGCCUACAACAAUGGCUACACCCGUCGACAUUAUCCUAGGACAGCUUUUUAAAUUCAGGGAUUGUGUGGUCUUUCAGAUAUGUAUAUUAAAUAUGUGUGUAUGUGAAAAUGAUAUGACCCCCCCAAAUUAACACUCCACUGCGUCAAUGUUCUGAGACAUACCCACCUAGAACCUAUUCUAAAAGAGCUAAACUAAAAUGUAAUAUUAUACAAAUUGAGUAUUAAAAUUCAUCAGCUAGUAUUAAAAUAUAGUUCCUGUUAAAUAAUAUAUUAAUUACGCGAUAUGAAUACAAGAAAUGCCCAUGUUCACCUAGUUAACAAAUUCUCAAGUAUAAAUAACAAUGGCAUCUAAAAUAGGUACCUACUUAUCUAUCCGUACUAAAUUAUAUUCUUAAAUGGUACUUUUGUUUCAUUUUAUUUUAAAGGUCGAAUAAAUGUUUAAGUAGGUACAUCAUAUUAGUAUGUAUUUAUUUGUAUAUUAUACAGCGUUGUCUACAAAAAAUUUAAAAAAUGAUAAUAUUAACGUAGGUAGUACUAUUCACUAAGUACUUUACAUUUUUAUCGAUGAAAUAAUGGGCAUGUGUAAAUGUCUCUAAAAUACUAUUUAACACUGUAAGCCAAUUUAAAGCGGUGGUGAAUCGUGUCUCGGUCGUUCUUUAUUGUUAGUGUAAUAUAAUUUCAAAAAUCCGUUCAAAUGAAGUACCAACAGUCGAAAAAUCCUCAUCUUCUAAAUUACAUCAUUAAUAAAUCUAUACAUUUUUACUAACUGAAAAAUUGUUUUCCGAAAGAAAAAAAAAGUACAUUUCAGUAAAACUAAUAUCAUUUUUGAUACACUCAGUAUUUUAAAUGAUAUUUGAACAAUAUUCUAUCCUGUCUACAAUUUUAGGGAUUAGUUACGAAAUAUUUUUAAGAGAGUUUACUAUUUUACUUUGUAAGGGGGUUUAAAGUUAUCCAAAAUAAUUUACCAAAACUCUUUAUAACCACGUAAAUUAAAUACAUAAAAGGAACUAAAAUUAUUAUAUUAACUAAUUUUACUAAACUUAUAAAUAUUUAAAAAUUUGGUAUGGUUUAAUAAAACCAAUCGAAGAGUUUAAUGAUUUGAAUUAUAAACGUUAUGGAUUAUGUAUAUUAAACACGCAUUUAUGAACUAUUAGCUGAUGUUGUUAUUUGUAAUUUUUUAACUUUACAGUAUUAUACUCAUAACCGGGGGUGUAGCCGCGUAGGUAUGGAUUAUUAAUAGAAGGGUUUUGACUUUAAACUAUUAGUAAUAUAGGCUGACGUGAAAAAAAACAAAUACAAAUAUAGGUAUAUUAAAAAAAUAUUUUUAAUAAUUUUUUAAAAAUUAAAUUUUAUACAAGUAAAGUUAUACGAGUAAGGUACUUUUUUUUUUAACUGUUUAAAGUUCUUGGUGCUAUAAGUGAAUCAAUAUCUAAAAGUUCUUAAGAAUCUGUCACAAUUUUUAAAAAUUACGUAUGCGUUGCCGUUCAAGAUAAGAUAAGGGCACGCGAUUUUGUUUAACUUUUACUAUAUAAUAUUAGGUUCCUAUCUGUAUAAUUGUACAUACCCAACGCAUUCUUGUAAAAUUGUAUCUCAAAAAUAUUCAUCUUCAUUCUUCAAUACAAUUUAGCAAUAUAUAUUUUUUUCUAUUAACGUUUAACUAAAAAGUACUUUCGGUGUUUGUAGUACCUACCUAGCACCUAUACAUAAAAUGUUUUACUAAUUGGGAUUUUCAAAUUAAGAGGGGGUUCGUUACUCCCCCUCUUACCAACGUCCCUGUUCUUAACUUACAUGUAUAGGAUACUAUAAUCUGGGAUAAAUAUUAUUUGAAAUAAGUUUUGUCAUACUAUUCCGUUAUAGAUAUUACGACUAAUCAAGUCUAUCUUUUAAUACAAUGUACGUUAUAUAUUAGAUCAUAAUAUAAUAUAAUAUUGUAGUACUACAAACAAUUUCUGGUCAGUGAAAAUAAAUACUUAAAAUAUUUCAUUCAGUAUAAUUUAAUAAUUCGACAAUUGUAUACAGAAGGUACUUUAGAUAGGGACAGAGAUUAUAUUGUACAAUCUAACGCUGAAAAUCACGGAAUAACACAAAAGUAACUAAAAGAAAUUCAAGCAUUGCUCUUGGAUUUCUCCAUACUAUUUUGUGUAUUACAUUUUAAUUCGCUUGCAAUAAAACAUAAAAUAUAAUGUGCGAAUUCUUCUUAUUGAAUUUUUAAACUAACCUGUAUCUAUUUGUUUUUUUUUUUUUAAGUUGAGAACUAUAUAAAGUACAUUUAAUAAAAUAUAAUAACUUAUAUUAUAUUUUUAAAUUAUUCGAAUUACGCCAUGUAAUUUUAAAGCCAUACUUCACCACCUACCAUUAUAUACUUGAGCAUUAUCUUAUUUUAUAAUACAUAUUAUGUAUAAUAUUAUUAUCUCUAAACUAUAAUUUAUUAUGUAUACCUACUUAUAAUGGAUAUCUUUAAGUAAUAUACGAACAUAUUUAUUUAAUAAAUAGGUGUACAUCACUGUAAGUUCUAUGUAUAAUAUCUAUAUAGUUAGAUUUCAUAUACAAUGAACUAUAAACCAAUAUUUUCAGAAAUAUGUGCGUAACCCGUUGCUUACCAUUUUAGCAGAUUAACUAAUAAAAUUACUCAGUAAAUUAAUAAAAAAUAACAAUUACGUACUAAUUUUGUAUAUAAUACUAAUACAAUAAAUUUUUUUUUUUUUUUUUUUAGAGGUUUGAACCUUAGUGCAAGCGGAAUGAGCCAAAGCGAAGACGAUGAAUGUAACUCGUUCAAUAAGAAAAAAUUCUCUCGGGUACGUAAACUGAAAUAUAUCUACGUAUUAUUAACAAAAUAAAUUAUUAUGAAUCUGAGUUUAGGAAAUAAAUUUGCAAACAAAAACUUAAUUGUUUAGAUUAGGUUAGGUUAAGUACAAGUAGGUAGAAAAUACGGUAGUUGAUAUUUAUAUCAGUGUAUACAUUAUAUUUAGUCUGGUUAUUUAAUAAUUUAAUCGAUAAAACAUUUUGUAUUAAACGCAAUAAUCUAGAAUGACUAAUAACAAAAAUAUGGGUACGAUCAACGGAUAAAAUACAAUAGGAGGAAUGCGGUAAAAUUCGAGUAGUGCGUUUAACACUUUAAAUCGUCGUUGCAUUAAAAUAUAUAUUUUGCAAUAUAUACGAAUAUUAUGCAAUUAUUAAUAUACGAAAAAUGUGUCAAUUGAUCGAUAAAUCAUCAUUUAAUCACGUGAAUAUUAUUAACAUAAAUAUUAUUUUCUAAUGUACUAAAUUUCACUGCAAAUGUGAAAUGCAUCGUGUGACAUUAUGACGUUAAUAAUUUUUAUUUUAAAACCUGCGAAGUUGUGGUAUAAACUAUGUUGUAUUAAAAAGAAUAUAUACACCUCUAUCUUCGAUAAUUUCAGUAGACCAGAAACACAGUCAAGCGCCUAUAAUUGUUUACAAAUUUCAUUAAGACAUCAAUAAUUUGAGCGAAAGAUUUUCAGACUAUUGCAAUAAAGUACAUGUUUGUUAUUAUAGGUUAUCAUUAUUAGAAAUCAAAAUGUUAUUAAUAAAAUUGUAAAUGUUUAGAUUUAUAAGAUCGAAACACCCAUUAGAUAAAUUUAAAGGAUUUAUUUGAUUAACAUCGGGGUAAAAUAAGAUAGGUGACAUAAAUAGAUAAAAAAAAAAUCAAAAGAAAAAUCCUUUUGAUUAGGUUAUAGUAAUAAUUAGGUGUUUAUAAUAAAAUUAUGUUUAGAAAAACAAAAAAAAUCGGUCAUAUUUGCAUUUUUCAUCACUUUUCAAUUGAAAAUGGCAAUGAUAUUGUCUCGUCUUUUGGCUCUAUUAUAUAUUAUCACUUUAAACUCCGCCCUUGUAACUUGACCUUUAUACGUAAUAUAAAAUUCGCGAGUUUUAAAUCAGUUAACUUGGUUUGUUUUAUAAAUUCUCAUAAUUCUUAAUAGCUUUUACACUCUCUACUCUCUAGACAUGUGUAACACAGACAGUGGCGUACACAGGGGGAGUUGACUUAAAAAUACAAACAAAUAUAAGUAAUUUAAUUCAGCCAAGUUGCGAGGAAAAAUUUGUCUUAUUAAUUGUAAAUUUACUUUUUUUAGGAUCUGUCUUUUAAAUUAUGAAUUACCAAUAGUCGAGUUGAGUAAAAAAGACGAUUUUAUGAUUCUUAUUUGCCAAAUCCCCUUCCAUUGAAUAUUCCUGGGCACGCCAUUGAAUACAGAAAUCUAACAAAUAUAAUACUCGUACAAUAACUUUAACUAAUAUCGUUAAUGACCACAUUUACAGGGUUUUGUGGUUUUACAGCCCACGGUAAAUUACAACUAUUGGCAUUUUAUUAAAACUGUUUAAUUUUUUUAACAUGCAAUAAAAAGUUUUACUUCAUUUUUAGAAAAAUUUUGCUAUUUAAAACAUGUUUUUAAGUAAUUUGGUAUGCAAUUAAUUUAUUUUAUGUUCUAAAAAGUAUGUAAAAUGUUCUAUUUGUAUCGAUUGCAGAUGAAAAAUAGGAAAAUAAUAAUUCAAAUUUAACCAAUAAUCAAAAUUAAACAAUAUAAUAUUAUAUUUAUUCUAUUAAUAAUUAUUACAACGAAGUUAAAAUUUUUAAAAUUCUACAGUAAAUAAUAAAUAAAAUGAAAAGAUAUUAAAUAAACUACAAAAUAUUUGGAAAAAAAUUAAUUAUUAUUACUAUUUAUAUAUAAGCAUAAGCGCAAACAGAGGGGUGCUCUCCACCCCAAAUCAAGUCUUUAUGAGGUAAAUACUAAGACGUAUGCAUAACAAAUAUUAAUUAAUAUAAUGAUGUGUUAAUCUCACGGGUGGUCAAUUGGGGGAUGAGGGGGAUGUAUCAUCCCUUCCUAUUACCUCAUUAUUCCUAAAUAUGUAUAAUAAUAUAUACAAUAUUUUUUUAAGCAUACUCUCUGUGCCCAUCCCAUUUUUAUGGUUAAAUUAUGUACACAAAUUCAAAUUCUGAUUUUUUUGUAAUUUUUAAGUGUAGUGAAAGAUAAUGUUUUCGAAUUAUUAAAUUUUUUCUUAUAUUAUCCUUAGUACUUAAAACAGGAAACUCGUAAACUUUUAAUUCAAAUUUAGAUAACAAUACAUCGAAUUUUCAAAAAAAUAAUUUGCACCAAAAGCAUGUAGGUUCUCAUUUAAAAAGCUAAAGUGGCUAUCACCAAAGGAUACCUGAAUAGGUUGUGUGAACAUCUAUAUGAAUAACAAAACAGCGAAAAAGUACUCUUUAAAUGUUUUGAAAAAUCUAAGGAUGUGAAAAUAUCGUCGUUCAUUGCGUUCGUUCCAAAAAUCAAAAAUUUGAAUUUAUGCAUAAUUUAACCAUACAAAUAAGAUGAGAAUGUUUAAAAAAUCACUCUACAUAUAAUAUUAAAUCUUCAUAGUUAAAAAAAAAGAUUAUGUAAAUAAUAAUAAUUUUUAAAAAUUAUCCUUUACCCCCCUUUUUGAUGUAAAUUAUUUGUCCACCACUGGUUAAGCUCCCUUUCAAAAUAUUUAGGCUAUUUAUGCCUAUGAAUAUAAGUUAUACAAAAAUAAUAUUAGAAUAUAAUGGCAGUAUCCUAAUUUUAAUGAUAUUAUUGACGUAUCGUCAAUACACUCAUUUUUGCUGUACAUAAUUAUCUAAAAAAAAAUUCAAAAAAUUCAAAAUAGGUACUGAUUUAAAAACUUAAAAUUCGUUUUCGAAAUGCCAUUACGACGACAUUAUUAAGCCUAUAAUAUAAUUAUGUCUUACAUAGUAAUAUGAGAGACACGAUGACAAUCGUAUUAUCUCACAUAGUAUUCUGCACAUGCUUCAUAGUAUAAUACAUUAAUAUGAUAUAUAACAGUUUAUUAAGUGGCUGCCACUGCUGAAUUUACGGUCACUAACGGGCAAUGUACUUAACAAAAAUGUGUUCACGUAAAACAAACGAAAAUACCUCUAAAAUCGAUUUUAGAGAUAGAUCACGUAUAAUAAAAUUCGUAGAUGACAUCAUUUUGAAAACAGUCACAUGGGCGUUUUUCGAUAUUAGUUACUAGUUCAUAAAAUUUGAUCUUCGUUCAAUUGAUAUUUCAAUAUCAAAUAUAAAAUGUAUAUAAUAAAUCGGAUAUUUUAGGAAAUCUUAAAAUGCCAACGUGGUUUGUUCUGAUAUCUGAACAUUUCAACAAUAGACUUCGAUUUCAAAGGCCUUAUUGCAUAUAUAGAAAUUCGAUUGCAUUUUAAAGGUGAGGUGGUCGUGAUGCAUUAGGGAAGUUAAGUUUUUAUUAUUGUUACAUGCUUUUCUUUAACUUACAAUGUUUUUUUUUUUUUUUUUGGAUGUAUAAAUGAAAACUUAGUCACUAUAAAAUCUUGUUGAAUUUUGCUUUUACAAAUCACAGUUAUCAAUCUAAAAUCAGUUGAAAACAUACUUUAAUUUUUAAUAUCCUGAUAACGGCAUAAAAUCUGUGUUUUCCGAUUGCUGCACGCUUAGAUUUGAACACUACAGUUUUUGUUAUACAUAUUGUAUGCAUAUAAAUCACACAAUAUUAAAGUUUCUUAAUAAAUAAAUAGUACAGAAUAAUAAUAUAAUAAUUAGUAUGGGAAAUAUGAGACCUCGGGAGGAUGAAAUACCAAAGGCAGUUUUAUUCCCAGCUGUUGAUAUAUUUCAUUUUGUUUGAGUAACCCAUAGUUACACCUAGACUCAAAACACUUAAGAAGCAUACUAGAUAAAUAAAAAAAUAAUAUUUCAAAUUGAAUUUGUGUAAAAAGAGUAUGUUGUGUGGACACUAUUAUAUGAAUAAUAAAACAGUAAAAAAGUACACUUUGGUAUCACUUAGUAUUGUAUACAUAAAUUUGAUAGAUAUUUUCAAUUAAGUCAUUCUAAAAAAUGACUACGACAUGUUUUGACAAAAAUAAACAUAAUGAUAAGCAGAGGUACAAAAUAAAGGAAAUAAUAUAUUUAUCAUUACUAUUUAAUUAAUACGAUAAUGACUACAAUACAUUGUAGGUAUCUACUAGAUUAUAGAUUAAUUGACAUAGGUAUCUAAUAAUUAAUAACAUAUUUUAUUGUUAUAGUUCUAUAUAAUUCUAAACGCAUAGGUUAAGUUAAAAAAACAAGAAUUUAAUUUCUUAAGUAGGUACUCAUAAUUCAUUGAUUUCUAAUUAUAACACAAAUAGGUAGCAUGUUUAAUGUCUAUACCUACUAGACAAACCAAUAUUUCCCUAAAAAAUGUGUAUAGUUAACAAUUGUAAAAUAUUGAAGAUGGAUUUAUGUUAAAUAAAAUCUAUCUGUAAUUUAUUAUUAAAUUUUAAUUGCUAUCUCAUACGUUUAUGUCUUUGCAAGCAUUGUGCAUCGUAUUUUCGUAUAGAAAUAUGAACAUUAUCUCGGGUAGUCAGUAAUUCUCCUGAUGGCAUUCACAACUAGUGUACAUUUUUCAAUCAGUUUAUAAGCGAAGUGUUUACAUUUCUUUACAUCCACCUUGGAUUCACCAUUCACUGUUAUCGUCCUCUAUAUCAGACAACACGCCACCACGGUCACAUAGAUUACUCUAUGGGUCACAUUGUGAACCAUGGACCCAUGGUGAUAUUACUUUUAGCAGAUGAGACAUGGUUAUUUUACUACAAUAAAUUUUACACCAUCGACAUGAAUUAUAAAACUAUGGAUUUGUAUUAAUUUUUGUUUUUAUUGAUAUUUAUAUUGUCAAUUAGUACCUAUGUAUUGUUAUAAUUAAAACAAUUGAAUAAUGAAUGUAUAAAAAAAGUUAUGAGGGCGAAUCUAUUCCCGUAUUUCGCCUCCGUAAAUACGCCACUGUUACUAUUGCAUAAGUGAACGAUCAAGUGUAUCGUAUUAUCAUAGAAUAAUAUUAUUACAAUUAUUAUAGGUACAUGAUAUAAUUGCACUCGGUAACUAUAAUAAGCAUACACAUAAUUAUACACAUACACAUAAUAUUUACACACGUGACCGAGCGUGCGUCUAUUAGGUAUAGCGAAACGUAGUGUUUCGCAUUUACGUGAGUUUUCUUCUCUUUGUGUUUUUUUUUUUUUUUUUUUUUACCGCUGCGGCGACUAUAGUAACAAGUAUUUUAAACGCUCAUCACGUGAAUUCGGCGCAUGCAACGCGUGACCCAAAAGCAAAUUCAUAAUAUAAUUAUAACAACAAACGCCGUACACCGUGAUUCGAAUGUAUAACUGAUUAAAUUGUCGACACAACAGGUCCAUACAAAUUUUCUACUUUACUUUAACUUUUCCUUUCAAAAUAAUUACCAUCUAAAAUUAAUUAUCAAUUGAUUAAAGCGUAAAUUUCAGCAGAGGGGCAUUAAGAUAAAAUCCGCAAUUUCAGAGUUCUGUACAUUUUUCACAGAAUACCUAAAUCGUAUAAUGUAGAAUGCAUUGGUUUUACAGUGAUGCCAUUUUAGAUUCCGAGCGUAGAGAGAGCUAUUAGUUUUACAAUGCUGUUUAUUUUUUUUUUUCUUCUUUGUUUUAGUCUGUGGACACGUUUUUUCCUACAAUAAAGAUUUGAUAGUAAUAUUGUGUAAACAUCUUUUUUACAGGACAGCCAACGCAGAUUAGUCGAGCUUCUCCUUUUAAUCGCCUAGCGAAAAAUUCUCGAAAAAAACUAACAAAAAAAAAAAAAUAGUUCAAUGAAAUCGGAUAUAAAUUGGUUAUUAAUUUUAGAUUCCGAGCGUAAGAAGUUUAUAAUAUAUAAUAAGAUAUAAUAAGAUAUAUAUAAUGAGAAAAAACCCGAGCUUUAGGUUAAAAAAUAUUGAAAGACUGAAAAUAAGGUUGUCAUUGGCAACCGUUUUUAUUUAUUUUUUGUUAUUAUUAAGUUUUUACUGUUUUAAUCUUCUUUAAAAAAUCAUUGUUGUCAUGGAAACUCACAUUGUUGUAAUCAUUUUACUAUAAUAUGAUAUAUACUAUAUAUUGUAUUGCUGACAAAGCAACACUAUCAACUGAAUUCCGCUCUGAAUCGUUUUUUUUGUUAGCAAUGGUUUACCGUUGCUUACAGAUAUAAAUUAAAUGCCCGUCUGUAUCCUACCUUCCUAACUUCCCACCUACAACAGUGGCCGCUCCCAUCCCCAGUAUCAGUUCUUUUUUAUUUGUUUUUUUUUUUUUUUGUUUACAGCCUUUCCACCAAAAUUCUUGCUUCGAUUUUCAAGUGUAACACUUUUUCUAAAAGGAAAUUUUAAAUUUUCCCUGGAGAUUUCAUAAAAAAUAGAAAACUGGAAAAUUUCGAAGUGUCUUAUUUUUAAAUAGUAAAUAUGACUGCGUCUUUCAAAACAUGUUUAACCGACCUUUGUUCAGAAUCGUUUUAGCAUCGUUCUAGAAUCGAAGCUAGCAAUGAUUAAUCGUUGCGUACAGAUAUACAUUAAAAAACCGCUCUAUCUUCCCAACUUCUCACCUACAAUAGUGGUUAAGUAUUCCCGUUUGUUUUUUAAACUGGAGUUGAUUCGAAUAUUUUAAAGGGUUGAUAAGUGUCGUUAAAAUUUCUUUAAGAAAUGUAUUAUGUAAAAGAUAUUUCUAAAUAUUUAGUAACUAAGACAAAUAUUAAAUACUUUUUGAACAAUAAACAAUAUAUAACAAUUUAUUAAACCUUACGCCGAUCCUCAGUGAGCCACUGUGAAACAAGUGAUACCAUUGCUAACGAAAAUCCUGAGCAAAAUAUUUACGAGUUGCAUCAAAAUUUGAUUUUAAAACCAUUAUAAAAAAAACUAUUAUAAUAGUUUAGAGUAAGUAAAUGUAAGUAGAGUAAAUGUAUACAUUUACUCUACUUUUUUUUUAAGACUACCUAAACAUUUACUAUUUUUUGAGUUCAUAUAAAAUUGAGUAUUUCGUAAUGACUUAAUACAUAAUAAUUAAUAAUAUUAAUAAUAAAAGUAAUAUUAAUAAAUUUGUACUAUAAGCAAUGUUAUCAUUUAAUUUUAAUAUAAUGAAAUAUUUAAUAUCCAAUUGAUAAUUAUCAAAUUAAUAUAAUAUGAUUAUAAAAUAAUUUCAGUAGAUUUAGUGUGAUGGGUGAAUCUGAAUGUAGUUGUAUAUAAUAUUUCCCCCUGGGGUACAUUUUUAGAUAAGCUGAUGCGCAUAUCAUGUGAUAUAUAAUUUGUUCUUUGUUUUGGUUUAAUAUUGGCCAUAGUUAAAAACCAUUUUUCAUAUAAAUAAGUAGUAGGAAAAAUUAAUAUAUUUUUUAAUCGCAUUUAAUGAAAAUUCUGGGUAUUCAUUAUACACUGCACACCAAAAAUCAAUAAUAGUUUCAUUUUUAAAUUUAUUUUCAUAAGUUUUAUCACAAGAAAGUUCGAUAAUCUGAGUUUCAAGAAGAGUGUUGAAGUUCAACUCUUCAAUUGAAACGGUGAAAGGAUUUUCAAUCCGUUGAAAAUUAUCACGAAUGUUUUUUUUUUUGGAAAUUACUAUUUAAGGCAAUUGGUAUUUGGUUUAAAUGUAAUAAAAUGAUUUGUUUAAUAUCAGUGGCAUUCACUGUUACAAGUUACUAGUUACAACUAUAUAGUUGGUCCAUUGAAAAUUAUUUUCAAAACAAAAUUGUUCUAUUUAUUACAAAUAAUCAUUGGUGUACUCGGAGAGGGGAGAGGUUAGGGGUUAUAUCUCCACCCGUUGGCAUGGAAAUAAAAAAAAAUAUAUAUAAGUAGUAAUUUAAAAUCGAAACGCAUAUAUUUCAGCCAAGUUACAAGUAAAAGCUUAAUGUAUUGACUAGAGAUUGUUUUUUUUUCUUUUUAGGACACCGACCCUCGGUUUAAAAUUGAAGAAACAAGUACGCUAUAUGCGCCUUUUGUUACUACUUAUCACGAACUCCUUUCCGUUACCGUCACCGAUAACGCAGAACCUGAUAUCACCGCCGAAAACCUGCUGCUCGGAAUCUUAAAUCACAUAACUCCUCCUGAAAUCAAAAUCUCUCGGGGUCCCUCCUCUUCGAAUAACGCUGUCGAAAACCUGUCUCUCAAAAUUUUAAAACACAUUCUACUCAAUAUACCUCCUCCUAAAAUCGAAACCUCCCGCUAAUCUUCACCAAAUACCGCCACCAGUAAUUUACAUCUCAAUUUAGCCGAAAAAAACCCACCUGUUAGAAACUUAAACCUCGUACCCAAUCCUAUUAAUGUCUCAACCUCCCGCGAAUCCUCACCGAAUACUGUUACUGGUAAUAAACGUUGCGAUUCCGCAACCAAAAACCCACCUCCCAGAUUCUUAAGCCGCGUACCCAAUACCGCCAUAAUCGCCACUUCCUUUCAAAACACCAUUAAUUACCAAGUUUCCUUCGUUGUAUUUCAGCUGAUGAGAAACGUACCAUUACAUAUAGGAUCAAUGUAAACUGGUCAAAAUUUUCCAUUUACCGUCAGUGGUGGACCGCACUAAUAACGUGUUGACACCGACACUACGUCGCGGCUGAAUGAUACCAAAACAACAAACAAAAUUCACAUGAAUCUUUGUUUCGUUGUUUUGGUAUACAAUUUCUAUAAUAAUACAGUUUUAUGUCAUACGUUAUAAAAAAAAAACGGUGUGCAGCUAUUUAAAGCUAUAGUUUUUAUAUUAUUUUACUUUUGAACUAUUCAAAUUGUCUCUUCAUUUGUCAAAAUAUUAUAUGAUUAUAUUUUAUUUAAAUGCAUGUAAAUUGAAUUUAAUGCUUUGCAAAUUUCUAUAGAAAUCCAUUUUGUACUGGGUUCUAAUAAAUUUAAACCCAUUUAAACUUGAUCCCAAAAUGUAGGUAUUAUCUAAAAUCAGUUUUAUACGCGCUUUGCUUAAUAAAGGUUUUAAUUAGGUGCCGAAAUUCUUCAUUUUCUGAUUAGAUUCGUUUUAUUUACUCGGUUUAUCAAAUUACAAAUAUGCCCUAAGUUACUAGAUUAUCUGUAUCAGAUAUAUUCCAAGGUAAUAAUAAUAAUAAUUAAGUUCACCUUAAUUUUCUGUAUCAAAUUAUUUUUUUAGUUUGACUUUCUGAUAUUUGUUGUGUGUCUUCUUUCUAUCUUUCUGCUCAGUCCUUGUUUGUUGAUUGUAGGUUUUCCAUUCGGUCAUCUGUCUGUUGAAAUCAGCAUUGCUGCGAUGUGCAUAUUUGCCGUUUUUCCUACGAUUUUGUUUCUGAUUUUUCCUAAUUAUUUUAAAAUCUCGAAAUAAAUCAAAAAUUGAUUCGUUCAAUGCAACAACUAGAUUCAAAAUGCCACACAAAUAAGGAUCUCGUCAUUUUUCGAUUUGAGCAAAUUUUCUGUUCAAAAACUUGUUUAUAAAAAAAAAAAACAAAAAAUUAAAAAAAAAAAAACACGUUAUAAUAAAACCAAUAGAUCUCUCGCUUUGCGCAGAAUUUGAAAAUAACCAUGGUUUACGUAACUUAUUCAUAGCUUUUUAUAAUUGUAUAUUGUGUAAUAAUUUCGUUAUUGGCAUUUUUUUACCCGAUAUGUUUGGUAGAAAAAUUUAAAACGUGCACCUAACGUACAAUUGCGUGAACGACUUCAGCUACAGUCAAUUGAUAUGAACGUCCAACAUGUCACAAUAGACUACGUAUUACAUUCGUUAGAAAUCAAUUUGUAAUGUGUGUAUUACACUGUUUUAUAUUCGAAAAAUUUUGCUUUGGAACGAGUGUAGCAGUUCCAGAAAAAUAAUUUAAAAAAUAUUAUUUCCUUAAAAUAUUUAAUCAGAAAAUCGCUGAAUAAUUACUUAAAGACAGAGAAUAAAUCCGUUGAACCCUCUGUUUAGCAUGCUGCGCAUUUUUUGAAAUAUAGUUCGCCUAUGUAUAUACGAUGUACGUGCUCAUGUUCACGUAUAGCCAGCAGUUUUGAACAACUAUAGAUAAAUAGUUUUAAAUUGCGGCUUUUUGUAUUGGAAAUAAUUAUGGUUUUGAGUGUUUUGAUUGACACGUUUAAAAAUAAAAUAAAAAUAAAAUUACUAGCUAUUAAACAUUUCUAUUUUAAAUUAUCGAAUGAUAAUUACGAAAUGUGAAUAGUUACUAUUUUUUAUAUUCAUCCACGGCUAUAUAUUAUAAUGUUAUUUACAUAACAUGUUAUUUACACGUACCCACGUACCAACCACCACUAGGAAAUGUAACAAAUAUUAAGUAGAUAUAGCACCAUAUUUUUCCGUUUAUCUGUGUUAGAUUUAUAGAAAACAGUAAAACAUGAAACUUAGAAGAUAUCUGAAAAAUUGAUCCCCAAUGGCUUAUUUUUAAAUCUUCGGUGAUCUGUUUAAUCGCGAUGAAAUUUCGUAUAAAUAUUACUAGGUAAAUAUUAAAUAUUCAAUGUUAGUACAAUAUUGUUAUAAACGCAUUUUUUAAAAUUAUUAUUAUUCAAUUCAAUUAUUAUUUAUUUUCAAAUAUGACAAAAAUGCAAUAAUUUUUUUAGUCGAGCUAUUGUACAAUCCGGUGUAUCCAAAUCGGUUCCGAAGAUUGUUUACAUGUUACCAAUGAUUAUAUUAGGUAUAUACAACCAAUGUAAUAUAAUAAUCAAUGAUAUUACGCAUGUACAAACAUUACCUAAUUCGUACACUCUACGGUUAUUGGUGGAUUACUGAACUCAUUAACGAGUAACGACAAUUUAUUACAUUAGGUACCUAUAUACAUUAUACACCCAAAUGUAUAAUGAUUGGAAACAUGUUAUAUUAAUAAUAAUAUAAUAAAACUAAAUUUGCCCUUUUUUGAAAGUUUUUUCAUCGGGAACCAAUUAGGAUUUGUGUCAUCUAGAAGCUAGAAUAUCGAAAACCAAUUCGGAUACAGUCUUACCUAUUAAUACCUAUUAAUAACUACUACUUUUAAAUACUAACCGUUUAACAUUUUUCUUUUUUUAACAAGGAAUUUUUCAAAUUAUCUCAAAAGUUAAUAAAAAGUUGUUGAUUAUCUAGUAGUUUUAAAUUAUUAUUGGCACAGAGAAAUCACAUUUCUGAUUAUGUUGUAUAUCAUUUUAAUGAAAGGUUUUGUCAGUCGUCACACGUUUUAAAUUCUGAGUGGAGCGAGGAAUGUAUUUAUUUUACAAUGUUAUAUAUUUUUUUUUCUUUCUAAUCUGUGAACAACUUUUCUAUCGGCAAUUUUGCUUCAAUUUACAACGAUAGAAUUUUAUCUGAAAGUAAGUCUGAUUAGGGUGGAUCGGAUUCAUUUUUUGAUUUUCCCAAAAAAUAGGAAAAACCCAAAAAACAGAAAAACGUAGGAAAAACGGAAAAAUUUGUAUAAUAUUAAACAAAUAUUAUCAAAAAAAUAUAUAGUGCAUAUAUUAUGUAAUUAUACCAUAAUAUGAUAUAUAUAUAUAUAAUAUAUAUUGAUAAAGCAAAACUAUUAACCGAACUCCGCUCAGGAUCGGUUUUCGUUAGCGAUAGUUAAUCAUUGCGUAUACUGAUACACAUUUAACUUUUCCUCUAUUACCUUCCCAACAUCUCACUUACAACAGUGGCCCACCCACGAGUGAAUUAUGUCUGUCUUUUUUUUAAAUUAUUGUACCAAGUUAAAAUAUUAUUAUUAACAACACAAAUAUUUUUAAAAGUCAGUUAACAAAAGAUGAUAGUUGAAUAAAUUAUUUAUUUUGGAUGCAAUACAUAAUAUUUCACGUGGCAUGAUAUUAAUUGUAUUUUGUACGUUAUAAUACAAUCUAAAUUAAGUUUUUAUUUUCUAAGCAUAAUAUAAUGCAAAUUGAAAAUAAUUUGAAAAUGAAUUAUGUAUAUUUCGACGAGUGCUUAACUUAGCAAACACUAGUAAGAAACCAUAAUUUAUUCAUACGCUCUAUAAAUUAUUGGCGACAUUAGUCACGUUGUUAUAUAAUUUAAAUUAUAAAAAGUUAGUAAAUGAGGGUACCUGUAUUCAGCAUAAUGCACAACCACACGUUAAAUACAAGUAAAAAUAGAGAACAGCAAAACCACCUAUUUUCUGGAAUAUUCAUGUGCUUUAAUUGUUUAGUGGAUCGUCUGGCUGACAGGUUAAAUAUAACCUGACCCAACUGUAGAAAUUAUAGUAUAAUAUAUAGGUACAUGACAAUACUCUGUAAAAGCAUAAUAUACUUAUAGGUAAUAUCGAUUAUAAAUUAUAAUAUUCAGUUUGAACCGAACAGUUGGAUAAUUUUUAAUAAGUUUAUAUUUUUUUUAUUUCUUGAAUAUUUCUCAAUAUUCUACCGACUUACGAUUAUUACUUUAGUAACUCGAAUAUUUUUUUAUAAUCAAUUUAAGUAUGCUAUACUUAUCUUUAAUAAAAUGUCGGUUAUUUAAAUCCUUAUGAAGAAUAAUUUAAUAGAUUUUGAAAUUAAAUAAACAUUGUUUUGUCUAUAAAACAUCUUUGUAAUACGACUUUGGUUUUUACCUAUUUAUCCCGAGUAUAAUUUUUAAACGUGUUUCACGACAACUGGGUUAUAACUUAUAAGUGUGUAGAUAUUAUUAAGAUACCAUUUCACCAGCCCGGAUAUUUGAACAAAUUACGUAUUUAACAUCAUCGUGAUUUUGCAGAUAAUUUGCGUGAUUUUGUGGACUGAAUUCCCAAAAUUUGCGGAUCAUUCGUUUUUUAGUUAUCCCUAAAAAAUAUAGGAUUUGGCUAAUAUAUUGAAAAUUCAGCAUUCCUCACUGGUUUCGUCAAUGCCUUUUUUUUUGGAUAAUUUGCGUUAUUUUGCGGACUGAAUUUCCAUCUUUCUGGACCAAAUCUAUCUGCGUGAUAAAAAAGUAUUGUACGUUUUCUUGUUAAAUUAUUAUUUAUCCACUUACUACCACACGUAACUAGUAGGUAUAUAUUAUUCAGAACCUAACCUAAUCUGAUAAUAGAAAUAUACAUGGUACUUCAUAGUAGAUUAUCGUACAUUUUAUUUAAGUUACAAAAUUCAACUUAUUUGUUUAACCUCUUUAUGUACCAAAUUUGUUUUAAAAAAAGUUUUUCUGAUAUUUAUGCUCUUGAUAAGAAUGGUCAAAUUAGUUAAACAAUUCAAAAACUAAUUUGUUUGCAAUUUUGUGUAUGGCAUUAUAUAAUCCUGUGAUGCAAAAAUGGACCAUGAUUAUUUGAAGAAUACAUGCGUUUAGUUUUUAUAGUUUAAUAAUAUUUUAUAGUAAGUACAUAUUAUUUACAUUUGAAACAAUAUACAUAUAAUUUAAUACAUAGAUAUUUCUAGAAAAAACAAUUUAGAUGCUAUAUUUUUAAAUGCUAUUAACAUCAUUCUAUGUAUUGACUAGCGGUUCGCCAGUGCAACGAACAAGUUUCUCCCUGUUCCCAGCUAUAAUAGGUUAAACAUGUUAUUUUUUUCUUAUUUUAUUUGGAUCUUGUACUGGAAGUACGUGGCAUACGCGGGGAGGGGGAGUUAGAGGUUAUAUCCCCCUUCCUUUGGUUUAAAAAUACAAAAACAAUAUAAGUAAUUUAAUAGAAAAAUGCAUAUAUUUCAGCCAAGUUACGAGGAAAAGCUUGAUGUAUUGAUUAGAAAUUAGUUUUUUUAGAAUCCAACUUUUAAAUUCUCGAUUCCCAUAGUUAAGUUGGAUAGAGAAGAUGAUUUUAGGAUUCUUAUUUGCUACGUCGCCUACAUCCCCUCUAAUUGAAAAUUCCUGGGCACGCCACUGUUUGACUCACUUUAUAGUUGUAUUCCUCACCCCUAUCACAGUUAAUUCACGUACAACAUUGACCGUUCUAGUUCAACUCAAUGGUAAUUCCCUAUCACCAAUAACGCCUUUUCACAUCAAUAUUUCCUUUUCCUCAUCCUUCCAUUCUUACUCUCUUCUGCCCCUCAAUAAUAUUCCAUUUGCUUUCAAUGUUAAAAGUUGAUUAUGUUAGGAAGACAUUUUCUUGUGUGAGUUUACCUUUAGGUAAAAAGUGAAUAAAAAAGACAAAAAAAUAUAAAAAUAAUAACUAGUAGGUAGUUACCUACAUAAUGUUUGAACGUGUUUAUUAGGACAAUUCAAACCCGAGAUAACUCAAUAGUUUUUUGACGUACCGAAUAGAAAAUUGGCUUAAAAAUUUUCACGAAAAUCUUUAUCGUGAUAUAUUCUAUCAUUUAAAUAAAAUUGCUUGGGUGAAAAGAUGAUUGGGCUAGUUUCGGAGAAAAAAAAAAUUGAUGUAGAUGGCUGUUAGAUACUAGGCGCUCUAGAACUGCUUUAAAAACUGCGUCAAUUGAUAAAAGGUUCAAAAAAUUCCGAUGGAUUUAAAUGACAAAAAUUUAAACGUAACACGAGGACAAACAAAAUGAGUACCUUAGAGAGAAGUAAAAUAAAAGGACAUACUUUGCACGUGGGUUGGCCACUGUUGUAGGUGAGAAUUUGGGAAAAUAGUAGAUGGAAAAUUGAAUGUAUACCUAUAUGCAACGAUUAACCAUUGCAAGAAAAGCGAUUCUGAGUGGAGUUCGGUUAAUUAAUUGGUUAAUUGUUAAUUGUUAAUUAAUUCGGUGUUGCUUUGUAAACAAUAUAUUUAUGGUAUAUUAUAUGGUAAAAUAAUUAGAUAUGCAUUAAAAAAUUUUUUUAAUAAUAUUUGUUUAAAAUUGUACCUAUUUUCCCGUUCUUCCUACUUAAUUUCUGGGUUUACCAUAUUUUUUCCCGGUUUUUCCCAUUUAUCAGAGAAAAUUAUAAAAAUACCUCUCUAAAGUACUACCUCAGUUAGAUUCCCUUCAGAAAAAGUGCUGUCAUUGUAAAUCUAAGCAAAAUUGCAGGUAGAAAAGUUGUCUACCGAAAAAUAAAAAUAAAAAACUAACCACAUUGUAAAAUCAAUGCAUUCUUCGCUCUACUUAGAAUCUAAAAUAAUGGUUCACAAAAUUUGGAAUUCAAUUUGCAAAAUCUUUAUGAUGUUAAAUACGUAAUUUGUUCAUAUGUCAAGGUUGGUGAAAUGAUACCUGUUAUUAAACAAAAACCGUAUCGUCCGAGUGGUCAAAAUACCAAUACUUCAACUAGUAAACAUGUUGUGCACUGCGCUAUGCACAUACUAAAGAAUUCGUAAAUAAAUUUCUGUUUACAAAUACGUAUGCAUGAAAAACAAAUACAAUAAUAAACAAAUUAAAAAAAAAAAAAUACAAUAUCCAUAAAUAUAAAUCUUGGCACCAGAUUUAGGCAAAAAAAUGCCGUGAUAAUAUAUUAUUUAUUAUUGUUUGGAACUAUUUUUAUUUUGUCAAUCGAUGUAAAUGAUAUACUUAUUAAAGGUAACUUUACUUAAGGUAAAUACCUUUGUGUUUGUUUCGUAUUAGUUAUUAUGUAGUCCUUAAAAUAUAUUAAAUAGUCUAUUUGUGAAUCAAUCUUAACUCAUAUUUCACGCAUUGAGUUGAUGUCCACAUAGAAUUAAGCAUACCUAUAGAAAUCGAAUAAAAUUUAAAAUACCCAGUAUAUAAUGUAUGUAUUAUACAUAGGUCAAUUGAUCGUACUUUAAAAUCGAUCAAUUAUGACUCGUAAUUUAGUAAUAUUUUUUUUUGUUUGUAUUCGUAGAUUGAUUUAAUGGACUUGGAAAGAUUGCCGAUGUAGGUACAUAUUAUAAAUAUAACUGCCGUUUAGCGUUUUCAAAUAAUAAUUAUAUACUACUGAAUUACAAAUAAUAUAGACAUACAUUUUAAGAAUACUUCUUCACAGUAGAAUCUAUCGUCUCUGCCUGUACGCUUCCGUUUGCACGAUCGUUGGAUGUAUGGUUAAACAUCCUCUAAUUUAUAAUGCCCAAAAUAAUGAUUAUUAUGACGUAACUGCUAAUAUUUUUUCUAGUGAUGUUUGGUUUCUUCGUGGAAAACGUUGGAUUUGAGGUUAAAUGGACUCUUAUUAAAUUCGAAAUAAAAUCGAAACGAUCACAGUUUAUUCUAAAAAAAAUACCCGAACUUGAUUUCAUUGUUUUUUGAUAGCUGUUGAUAUAAAUUUCAUGAUAAUCUUCGGCACUUUUCGAUGUAAAUAAUGGAUUAUAUAGGUAGUUACAACGGUUGAAGUACAUGCGUGCUUAUAAUAUUACACAUGGCAUCAAUUAUUUUGAUAUGGGCGAGAGAAGCACUUAACAGUUAGGGUUAGGUUAGGUAAGUAUGGUAAUUAUAUUAUCUUCAAUACUUUCCUACCCGCAUUAAAUAGAAUAUAUGUUAUACGCACUAAAAUUAUAUGUAUACCUACGUGAUCUUGCAAAAAAAAAAAAAAAAGAAGAAAUGCUUAGACAAAAAUGUCACAAUACAUUUGGAUCUGAGAAUUAAUAUUCCCGUACACUGUAGGAGUGGACUGAAUUAGGGUUGAACCCAGACGAUUUUCCUGUGGGGGGCUCACUUUAUUCCUUUGUCAUUACUAUGUAAAAUUUAAUGGGUAUUGUACAUUUAACAAAUUCAUUUUGCUGACAGUUGUAUUUGUCAAGGGGGCAUUCCCCCCUUAACAAAUUCAUUUUGCUGACAGUUGUAUUUGUCAAGGGGGCAUUCCCCCCCUGUAGUAUACCUAAAUUGAAGACUUUACUAAAACGGGUAGGAUCUCAACGAAAUAUGAUUUUCGUAAAUUAUAGUUUACGUAAAUUAACUGGUUUUCAACCGGAAAGAGACCAAGAGGCAGAUAUAAAUUGAUGGAGGCAUAAUAUAAUAGGUAUAAUAACGAAAUGAUGUCGUACAGUGAAAGAAAAGAUUAUUUAAUAUUAUUUCGAGAACUUCAGUCAUGAUGUCGAAUCGCGAGGAGGGCCGAAUUCGGAUUGAACCCUCUUCCCCCCCCCCCGAAGGUAUAUAGCCCGAAUGAGUUCGGAUACGCGAUACAUCAAAAUAAUAUUACAAAAUACGACGUUCCAUUGAGUUAUUAAGCACAAAAAUGUUAUUAACAAUGACACGUUACGUGUACGACACACUAUAACCAUAAGUAGGUAUCACGUUGUUGUCGCGUAACAUAAUAUCAUAUUGUAUACGCACCUACCUACCUAUAUUAUUUCGUGUCGCACGAUACCUACACGUUAACCGCGCACACGGCAAUACUUGUCACGUUCGGUGCAAUGUGCUCGGGCGCCGCGCCGCCCCGGGUAAAACGGUAUUUACCUCGUAUACCGCAUUUACCACUUCCUGGUCAUACGUGUUUAGGACCCCUUUCCGGGUUACGCGCCCAUAUAAUAUACCGGUCCCGGCGGGACACGCGGGCCAAAGCGUUUCGCCGCCGCGGUAAUUAUUGUUAUUAUUGUUAUUAUAAUUAUUUAUAGUAGUAGACGGACGACGGAACCAGCACGUGUAGGCCGAACGUGAAACGGCGGGCGGGCGGGGUACGCGACGGCGGCGGUGGCAACACUGGGCCCGCCGCCGAUCGGAAGCAGCUUUGCGCGCGCCGCGCCGUGGUACGCGGUAGUCGCACGCUACCGGUGGUCUCGCAACCGCCGUGGCUGUCGUUGGCAACCGUUCAAUCUAUGUGUAGGACCGCGCGAACGGUUCGUUUGUUGUUAUUGUACCGCCGUGACCACCGUUGUUACGUUAUUAGCGACACGUCUGCGGGACACCGUCUAAUUGCCGGACGUACUGCGCGCGUUCAUUUACGCGACAUCGUAAAUCAAACCGCGCACGGCGUACAAUCGACUGAAGUCUGCCGCGGUGUCGUGCCGUACCGAUAUUAUUACGGUUAUCAGUGAUAAUACAAACUUCCAAGUACAUUACAAUCUAGUUUGCUCAGUUCUCUUUCUUUCUUUUUUUUUUUAUUUUAUAUCUUCGAGUAUUAUUAUUAAUAUUGUACUCGGUUUCGUUUAUUUAUUUCAAACAAAUUCGGAUUUUGUUUCCUCGCGGUAAAAUAACACAACUACCUAUUUUUCACCCCUACAACCUGUUAUGGCACACACCUCAAACGGACAAUACUCGUGAUUUUUUUUGAUCGGAUAAAACUUAUUAUAUUGGGUGAGUUACGCCGUUAUUUAUAUUAUUCCGGAAGGGUUGUCCGUUUUCAAACGCGUGUAAACCGUUUAGUAUGUAUAUACUUGACGGCUGGUGUUUCCCACAGGUGUCAAUGCUGUCUGACAUGAUAACGUACCACGAGGGCGCCAUGAAAGACAGACUGUCCAAUAAAUUUAGUCCCGUGUCGCAGACACUACCGCAUUCCCACACGACACUACAAUACGAAAACUUGGUCGAAGACAAGACGUCAAAGACCCGACCCCAGAAUCAAGCCAAGAACAUCAACAAAGAGGUACGUAGUGCCAUAUUUCGCGUAUUCGCGUGCGACAUUCGGAAAAUACACCGAUAAAUACGAUAUACUAUAGAUACGUUUUCCAGUAUUAUUAUUAUCCUAUUCCGACGACAACCGUUUCCUCAAAAUAAUGUUAAUAUCUUUCGAUUCGACACGCGGAAAAGUUUUCGAAUACUUGUUUAAAAAUUUAAACAAUUUUCAGUUAAUACAUAAAUUAUGGGUGAUACUGCGUGUAUAAUAACAAUAACACCGUGCACUUUGUUUUCGUAUUUCACGUAUCAUAUCGCCGGUGUACAGUGUCAUUCCGCUAAUAUUUGAUACGAUAAAAUACAUAAUACAAUAAGUUGGUAAAUAUUUGCAAAUUAUAGAUUACGCUUAUCGUCUAGUCAUAUUAGUGGCACAAUUUAGUUUGAUAAUAUUAAAUUAUUGGCCAAAGCCCACGAAGUUCUAAUAUGAAAUACUGUACGUAGAGAUGAUUAGGGUCUAAGGGGAAGGGUUUACGGAGUUGUCUAAAUAACGGUAUUAAUAUUAUGAACAAAUAAUUAUAAUAUUUUAAAUUAGAUACGAAUUUAAACAGUUUACCAAGUCUAUAUUAAAAAAAAAAUACAUAAAAAAUUGUUUCAAAGAUUUUAAUGCUAAAUAAAUAAUUAUAUAUACAAAUAAUAAAAAAAAAAAAACACUUAAACUGAAGUAAUACAAUACCUAAGUUGUGUGUAUUUACGAUUGAUUUUAAUUUAAAAAAUCAUCACCAGGUAAAUGCAGGUGAAAAAAUAAUUUAAAACACUUCUGAAUAUACUGUACUGUAAUUUUGUUGUACGUGUCUAUACUCAAAAGUACACAGAAAUAGAAAAUAUUGCCAUUUAUUUUUUUACAUAAAGAGUAAACAAAUUUUAAUAGAAGAUGUUAUUAUUAAAAAAAGAUAAGAUGACAUAGAAAAUAAUAUAUUGGUAUAUAAUAUUACUCGUAUUUUAGAUUCUAAUCUGGUAAAGUUUUCAAAAUAUUUGAGCCAUUUUCGAGCCUUUUAUAGAAAUUGAAUUUUACUAGUUUUUUACAUAAUUUUUAUUUAGUAGGUGCUAAAUAGAUAAAAUUGUUAGACCAAACAGCAAUAUUUGAAAAUUAAACACGAAGUUCAUUAUAAGUUGCACAUCAAGAAAAAGUUAUAUUUAAUGUAAUACUUUUAUUUUACAAAAAUUUUAUUAUAAAAUUUUGACGAAAUCGUAAAUAUUACGGCCCUUCAAAGCAUGUGUAACCGAAAUCUGCUCAGAAUCGUUUUUUGUUUGCAAUAAUUAAUCUUUGUGUAUAGAUAUAAAUUAAAUUCUGCAUCUAGCUUCCCUACUUCUCAACUACAAUACAACAGUGGCCCAUACAUCGUGUGAAGUAUUUCCGUCUUUUUUAAAUCUGUCUGUAGGUACAUUUAAGGUAGUUUUAAUAUUAUUUUCUUAAACAUUAUUAUAAAUAAUAUGUAAAUUUUCUAAUACGGAACUAGUGAAAACGUUUUCUUUGCUAUUAAAACUUUAAAGUCGUCAUUUAUAACAAAAUAAACGCUAUGAUAAAGUUGAUAGAUACAACUUCUACAUUUUACCUGCAAUUUUAUUAGCCAUGACCCUUCACAAUUAAUACUAUUUAAUGCCGGUAGACCGCUUUAAAUACCCCCUGUUAUGGUAAGACUUGCACUUCUUCUGGUGCAUAUCCGAUUCCGAAUGUUGGUGACCAUUCCAGCAAUGCUCUCUCAGUUGGGUUGCGACGCGAAACAACACAGAUGAGCUAUUAUUCCCGAACCAUACCCUUAGAUUCUGAAAUCAUGAUAUUCUUUUUCUGCUAGGUCCUCUUUUUCCAAACAUUUUUCUUGUAAAAUGAAUUGAAGUAUAGAAUACCUACUCUCAUUCUUCAUUAUAUGUCCUAGGUAUCGGAGUUUUCUUAUCUUAAUGGUGUUUACGAGCUCAGUGUCCUUGUUCUUCCUCCUAAUAACUUCGAUGUUGGUAAUCAGGGUAGUUCAUGGUAUCUUCAGUAUUCUUCUAUACAGCUGUAACUCAAAAUCUUCUAUUUUCUUUAUAAUGGCAUCAUUCAGAGUCCUGAAUUCCAAACCGUAAAAUAGCACAGAGAACACAUAACGUUUUAUAUGUCUCAUUUUUGUUUUUAAGAGAUAAAUUAUGACUUGAAAAUUGCGCUCAUUUUUUAAAAAGACUUACACUCUACAUUCAAAAUUAAUGGUUAAUUGUCAAAAUUCUUUAAAGGGUAUCUACCUACCUAAUAAAAAUAAAUCCAUGACGUUGAUAGUAAAUCCCGAGGUAAAUCCACCUCAUGUACUUUUGUUGGCCUACAACUACACUCGAAUAUAUUAUAGUUAUCAGUUAUUAAAUAUUAUGUGAACACGAUGAAUAAGUUUAACAAGUGCCAUCGAAUAUUAAUUUACAUUUCUAAGCUUUUAAGAUGACAACGCAAUAUUUAUGGUUUUCGUCAAUCAAAGAUACAUUAUAGCGAAAUUAUAGUCUUUGUGCAACUUUUGUUAUUAUGAUUUUAUUGGUGGUCAAAGUUAAAUCUUCGAUUUUAUAUUGUUUUUUUUUUUAUAGCAAAUCAGUGGUGUGGCCAGAAUAUUAAAAUGGAGGGGUUUGCCGUUUUAUUUAAAAUAAUAACUUCUAACAACAGGGAUGUUCUAUAAUCCACUAUUUUAAAUAAAAGUUUUGUUUUAUUUUUAAUACAUUAUAGGAAUGACGGUGAAAUAUUCAACAUUUCGACUAACAUUAUAAAGUUAUUUUGUUUAUAAAAAUAAUACUGAACUUAAAACUGUUCAAUUUUUACUACAGUUAAUUCUAUUUAAAAUGUAUAAUAUAAUAUCAAUUAUUUUCCUGGUUUGAUGGGGCGGGAGAGGGUGACUCCAAUCACUCCUUCUGGGCACGCCACUGGCUUAGAAUGACGUGACUGCAUACUAUUACAAAUAUUAUCCAGAAGGAUAUUGGCUAUUGGUUUAAAAUAUUUUCAUUUCAAACACGAUUACAAUGAAUUUAAAUAUAGGUACCUACCAACUAUAAAGUUUAAAUUUGUUUAAAACUUGUCCAUAGUAUAUACUGGUAUACUGGAUAUUAUUCUUUGUAGUUGUUAUAAUAAAUUAUAUAAUAAGUAUAAUUCGAGCCUCAGGGUACAAUAAUUAUUAUGUAUAAAAAGUCUAUUAUAAUAACGAAGAUUGAUGCCAAAAAAAGUUACACUGAUAUUUGUAUUUAUUUAUUUUAUACUUAAACAAACUGAGCACAGUAAACAAUGGGUAAUACAUUUGAUUCUAUGUAGAGAAAAAAAAAUAAUAGCACUAUAUAAUUAUUAUUUAUAGUCAAAUAGUAAAAAUUGAAUAAAACUCAAUAAAAUGAAAAAUAAAUAAAUCAACUUGGAAAUCAUUCGUUAAUCGCAUGGUUCUAUUAACACGAGCUGGUAGAGCAUAGUGCAUUUUAGAUUCCAAGCAUAUAGCGAUUGGUUUUACUAAGAUGUUUAUUUUUUUAUUCUUUCUUUCUUCUAGUCUGUAGACACGUUUUUUCCUAGUUAACUUGCUCCGAUUCUUACAUGUAGUGUAGCACCUUUUCUGAAUGUUCAAAUUGUCUAGAUUGUACUUUAGAGAAGUCAUUUUUUUGAUUUUCAACGCCAUUUUUUAAAUAAAAGCACUUAGGUGGGAAAAAACGUAGGAAAACGUACAAUUUCACGAUUUCAUUAUUUUAUAAAAACACAGGCGAUUUUUUCUACGAGAAAAAACGAUUUAAUCGAAAAAUCACAAAAUAUUUUUUUUGUUGCCUUUUUAAUUUACUUUCUUACGGUGUCAUUUCCAAAACUUUUGAGCUACUUUUGAGUUUUUAAGGAAUUUUAAUUUUGAAACUUUGUAAUAAUAAUAAUUAUAUUGAACUUACCUAGACGUGUUUAAAUUUCCGUAAUCAUCGGACGACUUUUUUUUAAUAAGGGUUUUGAAAUCAAAUUUAAACAAAAAUCGCAAAAAAAAAAUAUGGCACUUAAAAUUAUGUGUUACCGAACUGCGCUCGGAAUCGUCUUUCGUCAAGCAAUGGUUUAUCAUUGCUUACAGAUAUAAAUGAAAUAACCUUAUGUAUCCUACCUAACCAACUUCUCACGUACAAUAUUGGCCGCUCCCAUCCCCAGUAUCAGCUCUUUUUUAAUUUAGAUAUAAAAAGGUUUUGUAGAUUUAGUUUAACAUUGAGCAUGUACAAAUUAAAAUAACUUAGUAAUCUUGGAUAUUUUAUAGAGCCGUUAACCAUUUUAUAUAAAAACUUAAAUCAUUAAUACCUACUCUUCUCUUGACAUUUUUAAUUCGAUAUAAAUGUAUAAUGAUCAUUAUAGAGAAUAUAGUUUUAGAUUCCGAGCGCAGUGAGGAAUGUUUUGGUUUAACUACGAUGUGUAUUUUUUUAAUUUUUCUAUCUGUUACAGCUUUUCUACCAGUAAUCUUACUCCAAUUUUAAAAUGUAGAAUAUUUUCUGAAUGCAAAUUUCGAAUUGAUUUUCCUUUUAGUUUUUUUAAUAAUUGGAAAAAAGGGAAAAAUGUUAGAUUUAACAGAAUAUUUUUAGUAUCCCUUUCUAAUCGUGAUGAUAUUUUCAAAACAUUCUGGCAUUUUUUGGAUAAUUUGUAAGAAUUUGACAUUUUCGAGUAUUUUUCAGCUUUUAAUUGGUUUAAAAUAAAUUUAGUUUUAACAAAAAAAUUAUUUUGGCCAAGCAAAUAGCUUGACAGUUUUAUACGAAGUUUAUCAUAAAAGUUGUAAUUAGUAAACGAAAAAAUGUAUAGUAUGCUCUUUUUUUUAAACAUUUUAAACUUAAAAUGUCAUGAAACUCUUAAAAAUCAUGACAUUUAAAAAUAUGUUCAACCAAAUUUCACUUAGAAUUUGUUUGCUUUCGUUGAUAAUAAUUUAUCGUUGCGUACAGAUAUAAAUUAAAUAACUUUUUUCUAUCCCACCUACUCAACUUCCCAUCUAAAACAGUGGCACAUCCGUCAGCAGUAUCACCUCUUUUGUUUGUUGUUAUAUAUAAUGCGAUUAAAAUAAUUGCAUAUACGAAUGUAUAUAUUUUAUUUAAGACUUAGGUAGCUUGUAUUUUAUAUCAUACAGGUACUAUCACCAAUAUAGGCACAUAGACAUUAUUUGGCUACCAUUUGGCCGCUAGAGUGUGUAUCAUUGAUUCUCAUGCAAACGUCUCUAGCGUUCCAUAUCUAAUAUCCCUAUAUACCACGGGCUAUCUGUGUACUAUAGUAUAAUCAAUGGUCAUAGACUCUUAGGAAAAUAAAUGAAAGAAACAUAUUAUUAUGGAAGAACAGUGAAUGUAUAUAUAGAUGGUAUUUAAGAUUGACUGUUAUAUAAUGAUAGAAACUAUAAAAUGGACAAUUCUAUUUAUAAAUAUAGGUGUAUAAAAUAGUAAUAAAAAGCGUAAACAAUUUGAGUUAUUAAAUUGAAGGAGUAUAAGCCAUUGCGUAUAUAGUCGGAUUGGAUAUUAUAUACAUAUAUAUAUAUGUAUAGGAUUAUUCUGUUCAAUAAAGCUCAUAGAUACUUCAAUAGGUACAUUGUAUGUAAAAUAAAUAUUAUUGCGUAUCCGCAGAAUGAGACAAUUUGACAGAGAUAUCGUUAUACGACGAACUUAAUGCAAUCGGUCAUUAAUAAUGAAUGAGAGCUAUGAAACUACCAAUAUUAAUUUCAGUUCAAGUAUCUCUCAUCUGUAAGUAAGUGUUUUUCGUGACGUUAUUACCUAUAAUCCUUCACCACUCUAUAAUACCAACAAUGUAUAAGUUAAUAAAUGGACAGACUUUAUGAAAAUUAUUAUCCUUCUAAUAAGCUUCGUGUAAAUAUUUAUUUUGUACUCAUCCGUACAAUCAAAUAUCACGAGUUGAUCAAUGUAUUACUAAGUUAUACUAAGCUAAUUGGUUCUAUAAGAAUAUUUAAUUUAACUUUAAUCUUAAUACAAUAAAAGAAAGUAUUUUGCGAUCGUGAGUGUACUGUAAAGCAAAAUCGAUAUGGGACGCGUAGAAAUAUGACAUUUUUAACAUAGACAUUAGACGGGUAAAUGGGGAAGUGACCUGACAAGUCGGAAUUUUGAAUUUAAAUUUUGGUUUUCACAAUUGAAUUUUAGAUUUUUCUGUUGAUCCCUGUGACCACGAUUACAAUGCGGAUUUAAUUAUUUUUAAGGAAAAAAACCGUCGUUUACAAUAGCACAAAACACAAUUCAUCAAACCGAUAUGAUCUAGAAUAACAAUAUUGUAGGAUUAAGACACCCCUAACAUCCAUUAAAGUGGGAUGGGUUUGGACAGACGAGUACUGUGUAGACUAGAUAUUAAAUAUAUAUAUCUAAGCCAUGCCUGGUGCGGCAGCUAAUAAAAUUUGUAUAUAUUUCUCCUUUAAUAUUAUUAGUUUCUAUUUAUAAGUAUAUAAUCGAAUUAUUACUAUAUUAAAACUAUUAAAACUAUUACCUAGUUUGAAUAUGUACAAACCACUAACAACUAUGAUACUAACAACUUUGUUUUCAAUAAUAUGUAAUCUAAUUAAUAUAUAAUAAUCAAUAAUUAUUUAUACAUCUAUAUCUGUCGUAUACGUGACUAAAUUAUUAAAACAAUUUUUUUAAAUUUAAUCAAGAAUGUUCUAAGUCGUUUAUAAACUAUUUAUAAUAUCACUAAUACUUUAUUCAUACAUACAUAGGGAUGAAAUGAUGCAUUUAAACUUGUGUUUCCGAAUUGCGUACGGAAAUUAUAAUAUAGGUCGAAUUGCGUGCGUGGUUUUUUUAUUUUUUAGAUUUUAGAUUCGCUGAACAUUUUUUUCCUAGAAAUAUUAUAAUUUUUUGAUUUUACCAGCGGAUUAUUAUAAUCAAAAAAAAAAAUCAAAAGAAAUACAAUUUAUAAAUAAAUACAAAUAGGUAUACAACGAAUUGUAUAUUAUAAUAAUAAAUACAUUGAAUAAAAUUUACAUUAAAAAUUGUAUACAUAUAUAUAUUUAUAUACAAAAAAAAAAAAAAAAACCAUUAAACUGGUAAGUUUUUGUAUGUACUUCAAACGGGCUAGGAUAUGAAGAAUAAAACAUGUUGUUAAGUUUCGAAUGAAACGAUUCGCAAGUAUUAGUGGUACGCAUUAAAUAAACUAUUUGAAAAUUUAGCCCAUAUUAUUGAUGGAGGGAAUUUACAACGUUGUGAAAUGUAUAGUUUUUUUCUAAAAAAGUUACAAAAUAUCUUGUAUUUACUAAUUAUUUGGUUUUAUAGCAAUGAAAUCUCCGGAAAAACAUUCUUGAACUUUCUCAGGCUUUAAAAAAGAUAAUCCAAAGAAUAAUUAUAAACAUUUUGGAUUUCUUUUUAAAAUGUUUACUUAGACCAAAUAAUUGAAUUGUUCUCCUCAUAGAUUGGCCCAAAUAAAAAUGCCAUGAUAAACUACUUCGAGAAAAAUUUCCAAAAUUAUCGAAUUUGUCGAAGUUUGUUCGAAAUCAGCGUAAAUUAUAUGUGAUGUCAAAUUCAAAUCGCUCAUUUUUUUCUAAUAAUUCGAAAGUGCAUCUUUCUAAAUAUUUGUACUUUUGUCUGUUAGUAAAAAAAAAAAAUAGACUAGUGGUGUGUAAUUUCCAAUUUUAGCUCCAUGGAUAAUAAAAAAUUGGUAAGUAAAAUGGGUUUGGACAACUUUUGAACGUAUCAUCAAUAUUUAAAACAACGCAUUCAGCUAAAUAUUUCAAGUUAGUUUGGGUUGCAAAUGCUAAAAAAAAUUUUCUGGAUCAUUUAUAAGCAAAAAUAUUUCAUAUCGAUUUGUUUUAACUUUACCUAAAUUUAUUAGAGCCAAAUGUAGUUCAUUUAAUUUUGGAGCCUUAUUUAAAGGUGCAUAGUGAAUAUGAUUUCGUAUACGUACCAUUGUCUGUAGUAGUCAAACCACUAAUGUCCCCGUAACGCAACUCACCAUUUUGCAUGGCUUUUCACACGGAUCGUCCAGAGCUUUACGAUUUAAUUUAUUACUUAGUUUUUUCUAAUUAAAAUAUUUUGAUCCUCCUUUUCGUGUCGUGAUUUAGAACACUAAAAAUAAUUUUAUCAUAUUCACUUAAUCUAAAAUAAGAUUUACAUAUUAUUUUUGUAAAUGCCCAUCUCUCGAUAUUAUUAUGUGAAAAUGUAUUGAAAUCAAAUUUAUAUUUCUUUCAUCGUACAUGAUAUCUAUUUUUUUUUUUUUAUCGUAAGUAUUUGAAAUUUUUUCAAUGUCUAACUAUUGACUGAUCACCAAAAGCUAUAAAUCGUUGAACAGUAUACAGUUUACUUAUCUAAUCGCCAUUCACUUCUAGGAGAAAACUCAUAUAACAGUAAACAGUGUACCAAAUUUACUAGCUAUAUUUAAUAGAUCGGCGAAAACCAGUCCAAAAAAUGUAAUAUCGAAACGUGUAAAUUAUACCAUGGCUUAAAAAUAGGCGUCUCGGUAAAUCAAUUUAUAAUAUGAACAAUACAUAAUGUUAAAUGCAUGCAUCGCACACAUAUGCGCGCACCUGAUAAAAAAUGCAUGGGAAGUUUUAUCUGAUGCAUAAAAAAUAAAAUAUGAACAUAAUAUAAUAAUAUUAUUUCUAGUUUAUAAAUCACGGUAUGUAACUUAAUAAAGAUUAAAUUUUGAUUUCAAAAUAAAUAUCAAGUACCCAAUAAACGAACGUACUGAUCUUAUUAAUCGAUUGCAAUGAAAUAUAAUAUUGCAAUAUAGUUAUUUAAGUAAAUAACUUCCUGAAUGUUUUUUUGAUAUUUCUCAAUAUUCGGAUUUCAAAUUUGUGGAAAUUAUAGAUUUAUAAAUUUAUAUCGCAUAAUGAUCAUUAAAUAAUAUUGUUUGUAUAAUAUACGAGUACUGUUAAUUGUGCAUAAUACUCAUAGACGUUUUAUGGACAUUAUUUACAUGGAAGAGUGCCAGUUCGUAUACUUUUUUGUAAUAAGGGCCAAUGUAUUUCGGAAAACGCUGGAAUGGCAAAUGUCCUUUUUUGCCCCAUCUUCGGGCAUCUAUAAUAAUAUCUAAGUUGCUAUAGGUAACUCUUUUUAGUCCAUGGAAUGAUAUAUGUAAAUUAAAUUUAUUGCAGUAUUAUUAUAAAAUAUAUUGUUAUUAUACUAUCGUUAAAUAAAAGCACGAAUUCACGGGUAAAAUUAUUAAAAACAGUAUUGUUAAUUGUUUAUUGUUUUUAUAACCUAUCGUCUGUAGUGGUAUAAUUUGGAACAUUGCGUUAUUUACAAAUUCUCGUCCGUUUAAUUUUUUAAAAAAAAAAAUCUACCUAAUUAUUUAAUAUUAUAUAUUAUUAGGUAUACGUCUGAUUAUUUAAUCGAAAUAAACUGUCCCAUUAGUAUCAGCAUAGGGCUGAACAACGUUGAUCAUAUUUGUGUCAAUCUCCAUGACCCUAUGUUUGUUUUUAACAAUCGUCCCAAUCGAGUUGAACCAAAAUAACGUGAUCGUCAGUGUAAUAUAAUAUAAUUUACAAACAAUGGCGUGACAACGUGAUCGCCGACGAGCAAAUCGUUUACUCAUCACGUGUUAUUCUUAUGUUGACAAUAAAAAUGUAGUACUCGCAAUGUUCGAAACGUGAUCAUUAUCGAUUCGAAUAGCUAUUUCAUUCAAAUUGUACAAGAUACAUAUUUCAUGAAGAGAAAUGUUCCUUCGUGUAUACAUUACUCACCUCGAGUGUUUCGUAAUGUUAUUAUAUUUAAUGAGGAAAUACAAACGAUCAAAGCAAUGAUGAAAAUGUUUUAUUUUAUUUAGGACCCGAUGUCACACCGGAUUAUAGAAAAACGGCGACGCGAUCGAAUGAAUAAUUAUCUGGCUGAUCUGUCACGGUUAAUACCAGCAGAAUACAUGAAAAAAGGUCGAGGUCGGGUCGAAAAAACCGAAAUUAUCGAAAUGGCGAUUAAACACAUGAAGUACCUACAAUCAAACGCCCCGUCGCCUGGUAAGAUAUCCUAUUAUAAUUACGUACAUCGAGACGCCAACAAAUAAAACCUAAUUGUACAUUUUGAUACAUGACAUUUUAUAGAUGAAUAUCAAUCACUCGGAACAAAACAGUCAGAACCCGUGAAAACUGAAAUAUUACCCGAGCAAAACGAAAAAUCUGUUUUAAUAUCAGAACAGUAUAAAAUGGGCUUUUUCGAGUGCCUAACCGAGACUAUGCAGUAUUUAGUCGAAGGACAUGGAUAUCCGCCUGGCCACGGGUUGUGUUUAUCGCUCAUUAAUCAUUUACAAAAUCAUUGUGCUCAAAUCGUCAAAGGUAUGUAAUAUACUAAUACUAUUCAAUAAUAUGAUUGAUGUGAAUGAUAUUCAACGCCCAAAUUAUUGUUAUUAAUUACAUAUUGUGGUUAUAUCCAGGAAAACAAGUGAUCCAAGAGGUGAUAAAAGAUGAUAUAAUUUUGGAAAUGAAUAGAUUCAACACAAAUAUGCUUAUGAACCUAGACGAAGACGGUGACGGAAGCUACGAAGAUAACAGUCGACAACAAAAUUCUUCAAAAAACUCAAAAUCACAAUCGUCUGUUAGCACAUCCAAUGAUCAGGUGCGUGACGUAAUUGUUAUAAUAUUAAUAUUUAUUAAUUAUAAAGAACGGUAGCUUUUACGAGGAUGUGAAACAUAGGAUUAAGUGAAGGAAAGCAUCAGGUGUUUUAUGUGACAAGAUGAUUCCAAUGCGACUUUAAGGUAAAUUCUACAAAAAUUUGGUGAGACUUGUUAUGUUGUAUAGAUCGAAGUGUUAGGCAGUAGACAGAAAAAUAGAACAGAGAAUGAGUAUAGCAGAGAUGAGAAUGAGUGAAUGAGUGGAAUGAUGAGAUAAGGUAGGAUAAGGAAUGAGUACAUAAGACUUAGAUGUGACUUCGAUAGUGGACAAAAUGAGGGAAAUUAGACUGAGAUGGUUUGGGCGUGUCGGAGAGACGAAUCAAAAACAGUAAGAAUUGUAAUGAAAAUAGACGUAGUAAGAAAGAGGGGUAGAGGAAGACCAAAACAGAGAUAGUUGGAUGCGGUUGAGAUUGAUAUGAAGAUGGCGGGUGUAUGCGAGGACAAUGUGGUGAAUCUAUUCAAGUGCAAUUUUAGGACAAGGGUUUUUUAUUUCAUAUCACAUAUUUUGCUGUCCAAUAUUUUACCUUCAAUAGAAAAAAUACCUGCGCGAUAUUCGUUGACGUAUUUUUGUAAAUUUGACGAUAAAGUUUUGAUUUAGGUAUUUUACUGUAUGUACUUCCCUAUAUACACGCAAAUGCCAAACAGCUGCUACUAAAAUGCCUAUAUUUUCUAAUAGUUUGCAGGCACCUACUAAGAUUAUAGAUUAACUAUAGGUACUAUAGAUUAAUCUAUUCCAGAAAUUCACUAUAAAUAUAGAUACACCAUAAAUAGAUAAAUUUAACCAUAGUCGCCUUAUUUUAUCACAUCGUGACAAACCAAACGUUGUGCUUAUUUGAGUUAUACAUCUUGGAUAUUAUUUAUAAAAUAUAAAUAUGAUGUAUAUACAGUCAGCGUAAAAUAAUAAAUAAGUAUGUAAAGACGGAAUAAUAAUUGAUAAAAAAAAGGAAAAAAUGCCCUAAAAAAUUUUAAAUGUCAACAAAUGCUAUUUAAACGGUUUGGUUCGUUAUAUUAUUUAAGUUGUGUGAUUUGAAAGCUAUGUUUUAAAAUAAGAUAAAAAUAUUGUACUACCUACAAAUUCACAGCCCUAGUUAUAACCUUCCAGUGACCAUAAGUAUUUAAUAAACAUUGUGUUUUGUUUAUAGACUUUACCAGACCGCUGUAAUAUGUCAUUUACUACAGACUCUUAUUCGUCUAAUGGCUCUAUGUACAAAUUCAAGACGGACAUUAAACAGCGAUUCAGUGCUGAGAACAGUGGCAUGAACUUAACGGAGUCUAUGGACUUGACAGACUACUAUACGCAAGACAAAAAACGGCGCCGAAAAGAAUCCUCAGACUGUAAUGAAGAUAGACAGGAAGUGCCCAUAUUCGCGUUGCAUGAAAACGGAUCAUAUUACAUACCCCUAACUGUAAACAGAGAAGUUAUUUCACCCAUGCUGAACAACGUGCUUGCCGAAAAUCGUUCGUCAGUGAUCGUACAUCCUAUAUCGAUUUCAGUUAACUUUCAAGCAUCCAACCAGUUCUGAAUGAAGUCCCCUUUCAGAACCUAAAGACUACACAUGUAAUGGCAUAAUAUAAUUGAAACCGUUUGACGAAACGGGACCAACAUAAAAAUUCCAUUUGAAUUAAUUAACUUAAAUAAUUUAUUAUUAAUGAGUUAAGCUUUUCCUAUACCAUUAUUAUAUAUUUUCUAUGUAAAACUUGAGUUUUGACUUUUUCAUACAAUAUUAUUAUUAUGUGCGUGUAUCAAAACCAAUAAAUUAUACACAUUGUUUUUUAACUAAUUAGUAUAUUGAGGAUAUUACUUUUAUUGUACACGAUAAUGUAAUCUGUACUUUAGCGUUUAUUUUUACAAGGUAAAUAAUGUAUUCUAAACAUUUUCUAGGAUUAACUCCGGUAAACAAGAGAUACCUAAAUAUCGUUGUUUCAAGUAUUUUGUGAAAUAAGCAAAUUAUUAUACAGAUAUACAUCCAUAUUAAUGUAUUACAUAAUAUAUAUUAUGCUAACAUUUUAAAAUUCAAGUUAUAUUUUUAUAUUUGUUUAUUUGUAUAGUCAUACAAUCUAAAGUGAUACUUUUAAAUCAAAAUAAUUUCAAUAUUAAUUUUAUAAUUUGGUACAAUAAAUAUUGAAAACUAAAUUUAAGAUAGUUUAAAACUAUUGCAUUUAUAUCAUG